CCUCCGACUGCAGCGGCAGCAGCAGCAGCAGCGGCAGCAGCGGCAGUGGCACAAUGGUAAUAUAAUUUUUUUUUACUGUACACAUUUUAAAUUUUCCGUCUACGGCUGACAUUGUUUACGUAUUAAAAAUGAAGAAAAUAAUUUUUUUUCGUAAUAUUAUUCGGGGGUUCGGACUUUAGAUUGUUUUUGUAACUUUUUUUUUUUUUUUUAUUACGAUAUGCGUUUUUUUUCUUCUACGAUAUGCGUUUUUUUUUUCUACCCUAAAACCUUAUUCGGAUUUUCAAAUGAAGCGUUUUUUCUGAAAGCAAAUCGCAUCCAGCUGGUGCACCGGGGAGAUCAUUUUAAGAUUUUUCUUACGGUAUUUUUGUUUGUAAAUUGCAAUUUUUUUCUGUUUCAACGAAAUUUUACGCGUAUUUUUUUUUUUUUUUGUUUUUCAGAAGUCUGGUUAUUUUUUAUUUUUGACGUACGUUUUUUUAGCUCAUUUUUCAACAACGCGUAAUUUUACGCAAAAAGACAGUUAUUUAAUUUUUAAUUUUUAAUAUUGAUAUUAAUUAUAUUGAAUUGGACAUUUUUAUUAGGAUUUUUGUUUGUUUUUCUAAGUUUGUUUUUAACGUAAUUUUAAUGCGAUGUUUUUAUAGAGCAAUAACGCAAUCACUUUUAGUCAUUUUUCAACGCCGUACAAAGUCCGAGCCCUAAUAAUUUUAUUAUUAUUAUUAUUAUUAUUAAGGUAUUAUCUAUAGAUUUGCGAGUAAUAAAAUAUUUUCGUCCGCACGCUACACUACGCCGAACGGUCAUCGAUUGACACGACAAUACUUUAUAUAGGUACUGUUAAAAUAAUAAUAUAAUUUCAAGGUUUAUUUUUACGAGUUUUUGGUGGAACGGCAUACAGAUAUUUAUUAUUUUCAAACGUGCGUAUCGGCAAUGUAAGAAAAUAAAUAAUAAUUUGUGCGGUACUUUUAACUUCUACGUAAGUGAUUCGACGAAAAUCAAAAAACAGUAACUCACCGAUUGUUAAGAUUAUUUUGUGACUUUUACGCAGGAAAAAACUGCCGAUUUCGAUUUUAACGUUUCCGAAUCUACUGGUAUAUAAUAUAUAGCGCAACAACCCUGCAGUGAAGCCUUUUUUUAAAAUCGCCCAUGCGAAUAUGAAAAUGUUUUACAAUAAUUUAUCUAUAAUAUUUUCUAACAUUAUUUUUAACAUAAUUGAAAAGGGAAUUUUUCUCCGUUUUUCUUCUGUUAUUUGUUCGUGAUUUUGUCACGGCUAAUAAUUACUAAAAUUGAAUAAAUUGCCUUCAGUUUUGCUCAAUACUUACAUUCUAUACAUAUAAGAUAUAAAUCGUAUAAAACACUAAUAGCAUUUUUAAAUAGCAAUAGCAAGAUGCUAAUCAAUUUCAAAAAUAGCUGCUAAUUUUAUUUCUACAUAUUUUUCGUGAUAUAGCAGUAACAACUAUAAACUAAGUUUUUAAUAUAAUAAACUACAAAAAUAGACUUUAUUGCUUGACUGCUAAUUGCUAUGAACUUCUUAAUAGCUAUUAACAGAUAAACCGCUUGUGCCUUAUAAACAAAAGGUGUGAUUUUGAGUUUUUUUUAUAAUUUGAAUAAAUAUGUAACGCGUCGUUUAAAACCAUUUUCAUUAUAAUUAGAUAAUUAUUUUCCCAUGAAAUACCUAUUAAAAAUUUGAUAAAUUCAGGUCAUAAAAGCAUAACUAGGUAUUAGUUAUGGUUAUCUGUUAUGACACUAUCGCUGCUAAUGUAAUUAGCUGUUAUUGAAGCUCGUUGCAAUCUAGCAUACAGCUAUUCUUAAAGAUAACAUUAACUGCUAUUUUUGGUAAGAAAUAGCAGUUUGUUAUUCAGUCUUCAAUGCAGCGCUGUAUUUAGUGCAAAAUUACAUUUUCACGCACAAUUAAUUAGGAUUUAUUUGCUUUAUUCCAGUGUUUAAGCUUAAUCAGUGUCUAACUAUGUUUCCAUAGUUUAAGUGUUAAUAUUUCGCACUAAACAUAUUAUACUUUAUGAGAUGACCACUCUCAUAUUAUUUCUUUAUUUUAUUAACUUUAUAGUCUAGGUUUAUGCUAAACAAAUUUAAUUUUAUAUACUGGUGUUUAGUGGCGUAUCUAGGAUUUUUCAACGGGUGGGGUGGGUGAUAGUUAAAAACAAAUUAAAAUGUUCGUUUGUCAACAUUAAAUUCUUUAAUCAAAUUAUUUUAUAUCAAGUUAUUUUAUCAAUAUACCUACUUCAAUCGAUGAAAUAUAUGAAAAUAAUUCGCCACAUUACACUUGACCCGAUAAAGUAACAUAAACACAAAACGAUUAUGAUAAAAAAUACGAUCAAAGAUUGCCGUUAACGUUUAUGAUAUUUAUGAUUACUAUAGCUGUAACCUACCUAUUUGUAUUAAGGGAAAAAAAUAAUAGAAAACUCUUGUUAGAUGAUUGGAAACAAAUAAUAUACUCUGUAAUCCACAUUAUUAUUAUUAUCCUAUAAUAUCAAUCUAAACAUUAUAAUUUUGUAUAAUGUACAAUAAUUUAAAACAAAUUUCUAUAAAUAAUAUUUUGAUCAUAAUUAUCGUUUAAUUACGCAAGUCUAAAAUGCAAGAUCUUAUAUUAUUACAGAUUAAUUAAAAAUUAUUUUUCAAUUAUAUUGAAUUAAUGAUAGUAGUUGAUUUGGAAAAACACAACCUUUACGAAAAUGUUUCUUUAUUUUCAAUUUUAUUUUUUUUGCUGUUGUAAUUCGGUGAAUAAUGAGUGUAAUAUAGUAGUUUUUAUCUUAUAAUCGUUUUAAAAUUAUAGUUGUAUUCAAAAUCGUAAAAGCGAUUGAAUUUCAAAACACGCAUAACUUCGAAACUUCGCUCAGAAUCGUUGCAAUGGUUUAUCGUUGCAUACUGAUACAAAUUAAACAACUUUAUACCUUCUCAACUUCCUGUCAACAACAGUAAUACACCCGUUCCUAGAAUCGGCUCUUUUUUAAAAUUACUAUUGUCCUAUUAUAGUCAAUCAAACUUAUUUAUAUUAUAUAAAUAAAGUUUCUGUAUUUUACAGUGCUUUUUACUCUACUGCAGGUUCUUAUAGCGUAUCAUUAGGUACUUACAGUAUACACUAUAAACAGAACAGUUUUUAGCGGUUUUUUUUUCGUAUUUUAUAAUAAUUAGAAUAGACAAUCUUAUAAUAUGGCAGUGCGAAUUUCUGCAGUCGUUCCUUUCACGGAAGUUAAGUAAAAGUUUUUUAAUUUUACUGCGACGUGUCACAAAAAAAUCCAAAAUCUUUUCGACGAAGCUUAUUCCGAGCAAUUCAUUUAAAACGAUCGGGUUGUCAACUUUUUGCAGAAUUUCCUAGACUUCUUCGCGCAGCUGACGAUAGAGGCAGACGAUUUUAAUUAUAAUUCUAGUAAUUUGUCGAGCUUUAUACGAAGAGUAAGUAUAAAUGUAUACAUUAAUAUACAUUAAUAUGUAUAUAUUUUGCUGUAUACGAUUUUAAUUUAUAUUUAUAAUUGUACACAAUUUUAUAUUAUCUUGUGUUAGACUAUAAUAAGUAAUUUUACAAAAGUAGCGCGAAUAAAACAAAGUGUUCCUGACGGGUACCUGGGAUUGGGACAUUAGAGCGCGAGACGUUUUAGCGGCAGCCAUUUCGAACGUGUAAAAAAAAAUAUAUAUAAAUAUGAAUUUAUUUAAUUUGUACUGAAAUGUUUAUUAUUUGAUUAUAUAUAAAAUGUUGAUCGUAAUAAAUAUAAGGAAAAUUCAAAAGAUUUAUUGAUAAUGACAAAGUGAUUAAAGACUAUUAAAAAUUAUUAUUAAAAGCUAUUAAAUGGAAACCCUUUUUUUUCCAUUCGAAUUGAAUUUUUCAUGUAACUUUCAUUUUCUUCUCUUUCUUAUGCGCCUCCCUCCUAAAUAUUUGAUCAGCCAUCCUCGUCCUGAACUUCACUUGACCCAAUCCUUAUACACCGUCCUCACAUACACCCGCCGUCCUUAUAUCAUUUCAAAUCGCAUUCAACCACUUAUUUUUUGGCUUUCCUCCUUUAUUUCGCACGACCUUCGGAAAUUAACGUUUCGAAAUGUGUAUUUUAAACGGCGUAGGUGUAAAUUAUUUGUUGAUGGGGGAGUUAGGGGUUUAUUAAUUAUUUGUAAUAAGAGUGAAUUGGGAGUUGGAAAAGAAUGAAUACUGACAUAUAAAUAUUUAGUAGAGAGAAAUAGUGGGAGAGAGGUUUAAAAUCCUCACCCCUUUACCUAAUCUCUCAACCUAAAAAUAAAAUAAAAAAUUAAUUUUAUUCUGUUCUAUUUUAGUUUAUCUGGCUAAAAUAUUUCGUAUCACCACAUUAGUGAGACGCAUUGUAAUUUCAAUAUUGUUUUUAAUAGGUACCUACGUUCAAUAUUGACUUGUCUCCAGUGGCGCAUUUAGAAUAUAAGCAUCCCGGGGUGAAACAAUUUUAUUGCCAUCCUUCCUCUACCACAUAUUUUCACCCACUAUAGUCUUUACCUCAGACCUUCCCUCCUUACCCUCAAUCACUGAUAAACGUGUCUCCUGCUUGUUUUGAAUAACAUUUUAGAAUAUAUAUCCUAAGGUUUAACAAUUUACAAUUAUGUCAAAGUGUUUUAUAUUCAAAUAAAAAACCGUACUGAAUAAUAGCAUAAGUAAAUUUUUUACGUUAUCAGUCGUUUCAUUUAUAUUCCAUUAAACUUAAAAUUAUUUGACAUGAUAAUAUGUUAUCACAUAUUACUUAUUACUUGGGGGUGCAAAGUGUAGACAACACAUGUUAAGAAAAGUUUAUACAAAAGGCGAUCGUUCUCGAAAUAAAAUCACUCAUGGUCUAUUUAUACAAUAGCGCUUACAACAAUUACCUAUAACUUAAAAAACUUAAAAUCAUAGAUUAAUCAAUCUAUGAAAUACAAUUAAAGAAAUUUGUUACAGUCUAUAAUAUUGACUUUUUUGGAUUUUUUACCUUAAAAAUUGUUUUGUUGGGAAUAAAUCAACUUUUCUUGGGCUUAUAGUAGAGGUAAACAAAUAAAGACCACAUAGCAAAUAAUUUAAUCUGUGUUCCAGCAUGUUAACUGAUAACUCUAUAACGUAUUAUACAUUUUGUAAUGAAAACAAAAGUAAUACAUUCAACAAAACUGCCCCUCUCCUAAAUCUGAUAAAAUGUUGCCGCUGGAGUCAUUCGUCCCCUUUACCCUCAGCACAACUGUUUGUCUCUUUAUUUUUGUCGAAUUUCCCUUGGAUCUAUAGAAACUAUUGCUCUGUGUUGUGUAUUUUACACAAUACGUGCAUUUAUCUUGCUACUUUUGGACAUAACGUAGGAUGCCUAAUGACCAUUGACUAUACGUCCCGCCGAAAAUUAUAUGGGACGCAUUUUGUCCCGGUUAUUUCAAUUCUGUCCCUUAUUGAUCCCGUCUUUUGUUUAUUGUUAAUAUGUAACUUUUAGAUUAUGAGUAGAGCGAAGAAGUUUAUGGUUUUACAAAGAUAUUUUUUUUCUGUGGACAACUUUUCUACCAGAGAACUUGCUCCGAUUUUCACGUGUAGCACUUUUUCUGAAAGGAAAUCGGUAUGGGGAGGUACCUUAAACAGAUCAUUUUCCGAUUUUCUCCAGAGUUUUCUCUACAAAUGUGAAAAACCGAAAUAAUACAGAAGAAAAAUGGAAAAAUAUAAGAAAUAUAAGUAUUAGUGAAAAAUAUUACGGCCUUUUUUUUUUCUGUGGAUAAUUUUGUUAGCAGCAGUUUUGCUCCAAAUUUUAAUGAUAGCAAUUUUUCUAAAAGGAAAUUUCACUGGGAAGUACUUUAGAGAGGUCGUUUUUUGAUUUUCUUCGGUGGUUUCUCAACAAAUGUGAAAAACUGGGAAAAAACAUGGAAAAACCAGGAAAAGCGUAGGAAAACUGGAGAAAUCGAUAUAACAUUAAACAAAUACAGCAUAUAUAUAUAUUGCUGAUAAAGCAUUAAUAUCAACUAUACUCCGCUCAGAAUCGUUUUUUGUAAGCAAUGAUUUUUCGUUACUUACAGGUAUACAUUAAAUUACCUAUAACAGUGGCUGCUCCCGUCCCUAUUAUCCUAGGACGUUUUUUUAAAAUUUAUUUGUCUUUUACGAUAUUAUUUAAUAAAGUCUCUGCUUAAUUUUUGGAUUAUUGUUUUGAACAUUUUAGUGGGUAUAUUAUAUACGGUGUAUUAUGCAUAGGUAUAAUAAGCAAUGAACAUUGUAAAAAACAUAUUUUCAAAACUACUUUUGAGUUUUAUAAUAUUUUAUUAAAAUAUAAUAAAUUACUCUAUGCAAUUUGGUUCAGUAUAAAAGUACACAGAAAACAAAUAAAUUGACGAACAGACAUCAAAAUACAAUUUUUUUUGGUGAAAAUAUAUUUUAUUUGUUUAAAAAAAAAAUUAAAAAUUAAAAAAAAAAUGUAUUUAAAAAUGCGUAUGUACAGCAUUUAUUUUGUUUUUCAUACUAUAUUUAUCGUAAGGUUUACUUAUUACUUACGUUUUUUAAGUGUUCUAUUUUUUUAAUUUUAAUUUUAAUUUUAUGGGUACUCUAUAGUUUAGCAGUUUUUUCUGGAUCAAAUGACCUUAAAUCUCGGAAAUAAGAACUGUUUUAUAGGCGAAUUUAAAUGAUACAAUUUUGGUUGAGUUUCAAUAUGAAUUUCACUAUGUUGUUACGGGAGGAGAUUAUUUUUGUUGGUUUUGUACCGUGCACACCUGUACAGACCUCUAAAGAAAGCCGAGGGAAUGAAAUAAGGAUAAUUUUUUAAUAACAAUUAUUAACAUACCUGAUUUUUUUAAUAAAUAUAUAGAUAAUAUAAUAAUAUACAUGUAUAUAUAAUAUUAUUAUACAAUUUGAAAGGAAAUGAGGUCAUUGGGGGAUAUCUCCCUUCACCCCCGUUAGACCACCCCUGAUUUUAUAACGUUUUCAAUAUAGUACUUUUAAUAUAGUAAACAUUUUGCAAUAAAGCAAAAUAUAUAGAUAUAGACACGAAUAAUCUAAAUAUUGUACAUUAUAAUAUAUGUAUUCCAAGGAAUAACGCAAUAAUUAUUAUACUGAAAUAAUGUUACGAAUAGGUUGACUACGCGAGUUGUUCGAUAGCGUUUAAUACUUAAAAAAUAUGUUUUAUAAUGUAAUAUUAGGUCGAUGUUUUUAUUUUUUUUUUGUUUUCAAUACAGGUACCCAUUUUGUAUGUCCAAUUUAUUUUUCGGCAGCCUUCACCGUUUUCAUCACACACGAUUAUUAUUGUAUAAUAUUUUAUUUUUUUUAAACUCGUAUUUAUACACCAUUAAGUAGAUAAUAAAUUUAAAAUAACAAUAAUGGGUACUAAUAAAAUUAUAUUAUGCUUGUAAAAUUAUUAUACAUAAAAAAAAAAAAAAAAUAUUGUCGAAAUAACUAUAUUAUAUUGUUAAGUACUUGUACUUUUUAGGUAUCAAAAUACGGCGUCACGUUUUUAUAACUAGCUAUAACAUCGUUCCGAUAUUAUUAUCACAGUAUCGGUAUAAUUAUAACGCGAUAAACAGUCGCGGCGUCGUUAUAUUAUAAUAGUCGUCGAGUGUCGCGGGGUCCGUGGAAAUUGCGAUAGUAAAAUUACACUAUACGAUAACGAAUCGAUAUUCAACAAUGAUAAGUAUGAUUAUUGUCAUAAUAUAGCAUACCGAUAAUAACAACAACAAUAAUAAUAAUAUAGAUAGGUUACAUAUUGAAUUCAAUUAAUUAUUGUGUACGUAUCUACAUAUUAAUAAUGAUGUUUUAUUGUACAUAUUAUAUGUAAAAAAAAGUCAUUAUUAUUAGGCACCUACCCCGAAAAAAAAAAAAAAAAAAAAAACGUCGGCUUUGUUGGCAAUGAUAUUAUUAUAUGAUGCGAGGUUUAAUGUCGACUGUGAUCGAUAAGGAAUAUCAAGGCUAAACGAAGGACAAAAAUAAUGAUUAUGAAUUAAUAAUCCAGAAGGGGUUGUAAACAUAAUAUUUAUUCAUAUUAUAUAUAUAUAUAUAUACAAAAAUUAAAAAAAAAAAAAAAACAAUGCAGGUAAUAAACCUUUUUAAAUAACUUUGAAGAAAAAAACCUAGUAAUAAAAUUGAGGUUAACGUGCACGACACGCAAUUGUUAGUAUUCACACGCUAACGUGGAAAUGUACUUACCCAUACUUAUUUGUUUUUAUCUCGAAAACUUCUUUUUUUUGCACGAUUCGUCAAUUUGUCACGAAAAAAAAGAAAAAAAAAGGGCUGAUACCGGUGAUGGGUAUGCGCCACUAUUGUAGGUGAGAAGUUGGGAUGGCAGAACACGUAAGUCAUUUAGUUCAUAUCGGUAUGCAGCGAUAAACUAUUGGUGACGAAGUACGAUUCUGAGCUAUGUUUGGCUAAACGUGUUUUUUUAAACACUGUAAUAUAUUGACCAACAUAUUUUAAACUUAAAACGCUAUUGGGGGGGGGGGAAUUAUUACAUUAGACUCAACUUUUUUGUUUUGUUUAUUACUAAAUACGAUUUUAUAAUGAACCUUGUGUUAAAUAUUUAAGCUUUGUUGUUUAACCAAACAAUAUUAUAUACACAUAAACCCAUAUAAAACUAUAAAACACUCGACAAUUUCCAAUACCUAUAAAUAGCACAAAAAAAAAUCCUGACAAGUUUGAACUACUAUAACUUCAUUAGACUUUUAAUGUAAGUGUUUUAUGAAAAUGUCAGGUUUUUAAAAUUAUUUCUAACCAAAUUACAAAAAAAAAAAAAAUUAUCGAUAUUAAUGAAACCGUUAAUGACGUAAAUUUAUCUGUUCAUAUUUUACGUUUUUUUUCCCAAAUAUUAUGAAAACCGAUCGUAAAAUCAAAAAACUUCUAAAUGCAUCAACUAGAUCCAAAACGUAACAAAAAAUGUUUUUUGUAAUUUUUUGAUUGGAGUAAGAUUUUUGGUGGAAAAGUGGUAACACGGACAGUAAAAAAAGUAUACGUCAUCAUACUGAAAUCAAUUAAUAAUUGUCCUAAUAAUAUAUAUAUAUUUAAAACAAGGUGAAUAAAAUUGUGUUGUUACAUUACGAUUAUUUCUAAUCUAAUUACAAAGAAAAAUCAAAAUCGAAAAUAACAGAGACCGUUAUUAUGUGAAUUUGGGUUCGUUAUUUUCCCUGUUUUUUAAUUAUUUAGAAAAUACAACAAAAAUCAAAAAUUCCCAACCCUUUUCCUUAGCGCACUAACAAAACACAAAUUGCUACCAGAAAUCACUCCUAAAUUUGAUGAUCAAAGCGAGAUUUCCGGUGUAUAUAGGUCGUUCAUAGACGGAAAAAAAAGCGCACGUCAUAACAGCAAAACCAAUAAGUUUUGCGCUUCACUCAGAAUCUAAAAAUAGUAAAAAUAAAUAUUAUAUAACAUUUAGAAUUUUAAUCUCGAGCUUUCCGGAUUUCUCGUGAACGUCAAGCGCUUUAUCGUUUGGGUUUUUUUUUUUUUUUUAUUCUCAAGUAAUAUUGAAAUAUCUACUAGAUUUGUAGCCUUCGCGACACCCUCCGCCCCCCGCUUGUGCCGCCGCCGCUGCAAAACCUAGCGAUCUUCAACUGAAGCGAUAAUAUAAUAAUAAUAAUACUCGUGCAUUUCGAAAGUCAGUCGACCCGCGAAAACGUCGAUACUCGCGUAAAUCGAAUUUCAUUUUCUAGAAUAUAUCUUAAUAUAUUAUAUUACCUAUAUUAUAAUAUUAUUAUGCAUGAGCAGAGGGCCCGUCUUAAUUAUCACUUUAAUUAAAACCACGAACACGUGUGUCUUACGCUCGUCUGUUACCGACAGGCUACCGUAGUUAUUAUUAUUUACUAUUAUUUUAUUAUUGCUGUAAUGUAUUUUAUAUACUUUCGGUAUGGAUACCGUUGGUAUUGAUGUUAUUUUCAAAACAUUCCCUGCGAAACAAAAUUCGCCGCGGGGUUACACGAGACUUUCGUUUUCGUCGAUGAUCGAAUUAUAUUGUUAUAGGUAUUAAAUCUUACAGAGUCGAACGAAGACACCUGAAAAAAAAAAAUUAUAUAUGUAUAUAUAUUUACUCGUACAGGUAUAAGGUAUCAAUGCAAUCUGAUCGGAACAUCAUUAUGACGACGAAAUAUAUAGGUACUCUUGAAAGUCAACACUGACCCAGAAACCUAUAUUAUAUGUUUUAUUUUUCGUAGAUGUUUGCUUUUUAAUUUCAUUACGCUACUCAUGCAAAUAUAUGUGCGUACAUAUUUUUAUUUUGUUUUUUUAUUUAUUUAUUUCACCAUAAUUAAUUUAUAAUACAAUAAUAAUAAAAAUAAUAAGAUAGCUGAUCUGUAUCUGUAUACUAACCAAGCUAAGUUCAUAUCUGUAUAAUGUAUAUAAUAGGUAGGUACUAUACUAUAAUAUAGUACCAAUAGAUGCAUUAUGUUCUUCUUAUAUAAUUCAAAAUGCGACAAUCCAUUUCCAUUAGUUUAAUAAAUUGUCCGCGUAAUAAAUGCGUGCAGUUAGAAUUUAAAUAAUGUUUGCUCUUCUUUUCUCGUUAUUUUAGUUUUACAAAAAUGUUUUUUUUUUUUUAAAUUUGUAUAUAAGUUAUCAUCUCUAAUACUAUUUAAAUUGUUGAUCUAUUAAAAUAUCGUAUAUUAUUUAUUUAUUUAUUUAUUUAUUUAAAUAGUUAAACGGGUUAAAUAACCCAAUUACAUAUUGUAUAGAAAAAGAGUGCACAGUGAUACAGAUAAUAAUUGAUUACCGACUUGAAUGUAAGUCGUGCCCAGUACAAUAGUCAGAGGAUGGAUUAUUGAGGGCAUCAUGUGUUUCUUAGGAAAUUAUUUGUUUUAUUAGGCAUCUCGGUUGUUUUGAUGUAUUUUAUCAUUCUAAAAAAAUAAUAAAUUAUAAUGAAAAUUAGUAGUGUCUCUCUGAAGUUCACUGAAUUAAAUUCUCCGAAAUUGUUUUCCGGAUUUUAUACUGACCGAUAGAUUGUACUUAUUUUUUUUCUCCUUUGUCUUCAUCAUUUGAGGUCAGUCCCGUCGGUCACUCUGGUUCUAAACUUCCACUUGGCUUGAUCUCCCAUCUCGCAUACACUGGCUGUCCUUAAGUGAUCUCAUACCGAUUUCAAUGGCAUUCAACUAUCGGUAGUUUUUUUACACUGGCUGUUGACCUGACGCAAUACUAUUUGUUGUCUCUUACAACAGGUACCAUGGGUUCUCUCUCACAAGGAUUAACUCCUCAUACUAAAGGGUGUUUUAUAAAUCGAUAUGAAUUUAAAAACGUCAUAAAACUUAUAAAUUGUAUUAAAAAUGAAAAUGUUUUCACACACGGCUCAGAAAACAUCUCUCAUUUAUUUAUGAAAAAUAACCCCCGGUAUAUGUCCACUCGAAACUUAUUAGUUUCGCGAUGGUUUCAAAAAUGAAUUGUUUAAAAGUUUUGACACAUGCUCGAUUCAGUCGAAUUUUCGUCGUUUUUCAUAUGUAGUUAAAAUCGUUUAAACAACUCAAUUUUGUUUUCCAAGAAAAGUCGCGAUGCAAUUUACGAUUGUUGGUCAACAAAUAAAUCGUUCCGCGAGUUGUAGAAUUAACGUAGGUAUAGAUCAAUUUAUUAAUACAUACGGCUAUAGGAACAUACAAUUACUGAAUAGAGUUUUGUCCUUGUAGGUAUAAGUACGUAAUCACUAAUCAGUGACACAACCAGGAUUUUGUACUGGGGAUGGCCCAUAAUCGUUUUUGCUUGAACCUUGGGCGUAAGUAACAGGGGUUUGGGGGAGUUCAUCAUCAAAAAAAGGAUUUUCAUUGAUAUGCAUUGCGUUGUAAUAAUUUAAACAAAAACUGAUGAAAAAAACUUCAUGAUGAAGUGAGAAUAUAAUAUGAUCGAUGUCUUGGAAUAUCUUGCGGAAACUAACCCAAUUAAUUUCGCGAAAUCCUAUUUUGUCCAUUUUGCAUGUUAAGCAUAAAAAACCGUACUCAGCUGUCCACGAAAAAAAUUUGAAGAUCGUUAGCUGUUUAUAAUUAUUACUAUUUUUUUUUUUCGAAUUUAUUUGUACAGCCAUCGGCUAUCCACAAAACAUUAGGAAAUAGUGUUCCGUCGAUGUAGGUAACGUUCGUUAAAAUCUGUUGCCCUGUAUAGUUUUUGAGACUGUCAUUAUAAAUCCGAACCUUCGAACAAACAAUAUGCCGACGACAAGUUUGGAAUUAUCGUUUUUCAUUUUUAAAAUGUUUAACGUGAAUUGAAGUUAUAAUCUAAUGUAAUUAUUAGAGCGCGGAUUUGUAUGCAUUCGCAUAAUUAUUCUGGUUGAUCGUAUGACAUGCUAAGUGAACACAAAAUGUGUUUCAACGAUUUAAAAAAUGAAACUUGUUUAGUGCAUAUUUUUGUAUAUUUCGACAUUCAUCCAUUUUUUUACAUUUUAAGGGAUUAUUUUAUAAUUUUAAUUGCGUAUUUCGUCUUUUAGUGCAUAUUUCGGUAUUUUUUUUUGUUUUUUUUUUUCUAGACAUUUUUGAAAUAUAUACUAUUGUAAUAUAAGAAAAAAUAAAAAUAUUUUUAUAAUUUUGAUUAAUAUCAAAAUAAAUUAAUCGGUGUACUUGUAGGUACAAACGGUUUUCUCAAAUAUGACCUCAGGUCAAUAAUCGGUGAAAUAAAAUACGUAUAUCAAGAUAAGAAAAUAUCGAUUACGACCAUUGACAUUAUUUCAGUCACGUUAAAAUAUUUACCGUGCGUUCGUGUGUGCUUUCUGUGGUGAAUCGCGUUUUUAUUACUUUAUUUUUAUCAAAAUGCCGGAAGAUAAAUCGUCGUUAUCGAGAGUCUUAUACAUAAAAAUUACCUACAAAAUGAUGAAAGUGAAGCAAAAAAUGAAAAAAAUUAUUUAUAGUAGGGUUCCAUAAUUUUAAACCUAUUAUUUUAAUUAAAUGUUCCAAAAAAAAAAAUUUGUCAAUGCAUAUUUUUUAUUUGUCAUGUAUAUUUUAACAUUUUAGUGCAUAUAGUUAUACAUAUUUAAGAUAUUUUAGCGUAUAUUUGGUCGAUUUUUAAUGCAUAUAAAUCCGCACUCAAGUAAUUAAAUAAUACAAAAAAAAAUCGUAUAGUUUAUACUUAUAAAAUCAAAUUUGUACCGUACAAAUAAAUAACGCACUCUAUUUUAGAUGAAACGACGAAAAUAAAAAAUACUUAAACUAAUGACAUAAAAAUUAUUAUAGAAUAGUGUUUAUUAUUAUCUUGUUUGUCUCGGAUAUUUGUCUACAUAGUAGUUAGAUUCGAACAUACUUAUAUACUAAUAUACUUAUUAGACUAUUGAAUAUUAUAAUAAUGUUAUAAGUUUCAAUCGUUUGUAUACAAAUCGAAAAACCGAUUAAAUAUACUGUUCAUAGUUUUAGACAGUUAGUUUCAUUGACAAUUUUAUUACGAUUUAGGUUUAUAUAUUAAAAUAUAAUAAUAUGAUUGGCAUAUUAAAUAAAUUUAAAAAUAUUAUACGAUUGAAUUUUGAAAGCUACCUAUUCAUUUAAUACGGAUAGGUAUAUCAUUUGUUAUACCAGAUCAUACCCAAAGUCAAAUGGAAAGACCCAAAAAUACCUUUUCAAACGUAUUGUGUAACGUUAGUUCACUUUUGGUCGCACAUUAUUAUUAUUAUAAUUUUUUUUUUUUUUUUUUUAUUGGAUAAUACGUUAUUUGCUAUCCGUGUACAUAGAAGACGUAGGUACUGAAUGUAUGAUAUUAUUUAUUAUAUUGGAAACCGAAGGGAAUAUUAAAUUUUACUAUUUUAUAAUAUUUAUUUACGUCCGCGUUAAAAAUGUCUCGUUUCCUGUGUGAUAUUAUUAUAUGUGUAUGUGUUUUAUAAAUAAAGGGUAUAUAUCAGGUGAGUUAGAUUCUUUGCCAUUAAUUUUAUAUUAUUGACUCUAUGACAGCCGUUUUUAUUUUAUGAAGAACUCGCACGCACACACACGCAUAUUACAUUUUAUGUACAUUGUAAUGUCUAUUGGAUUCUGGGUAUAGAGAUAUUAAUAAUAUGCGUUUUUUCUCGGAAAACACUUUUUUGAAUAAUGCAAAUUCAUCCGAAUCACAUGGUACCUAAAAAGAUGCAUAUUUUCCGCACCUAUUAUUUACUUGAGAAAUUUUCGUAAGACAAUUUUAAAAAUGAAUUUGGACACCGGUUUUUCGACAAAAUUCACUGUAGCACGCGAAAAUUAAAAAUUCUCAUUCUAUUACUGGGUUUCUUUUUGCAGUUGUGUUUAGCUAGGCGUAACCCACUGAGGAUUUUUUAAAUGGAAAGGUUGGGAGAUGUGUGUGGUCAAAACACGGUAAAUUAAAAUCGUUUUUAAUAAUACGACAAUAUAGUCGAGUUAGCAUAGUGGCGCUACGUCGUGCAGAUGUGUAAUGAUUAUUUUUUAUUUUAACACAGCUUCACGGAUACUACACUCAAUUGCCUAUAUGGAUAUGCCUAAUAUGUAUUUUUUUUUUAUGUAUACAUGUAAACAUAUUUUGUAUAUUAAUGUUUUAAACCGGAAUACUACUACUACACUACUGCGGGUGUAGAUGCGUAUAUUAUAUUAAAAUCAUUCCCCAUACACGAAAUAAAACUUGGUCGCUUAAUUGUUACGAUUCACCCGGUAUCCAUAGAAUUUCUACGACCUCUCGUCUGUGUCUUACUGGGAAAACGCGUUGACUAUUGGAUUCCGUCGAUCAUGGUUUCCCCUUUGUCUAUUAACUCGUAGCGGUUUAUCCAUCGAAUAGGCAUUUCGAGUUUACACCUUUACAUUAGGUCAUCCGGGCACUAUGAAUUUCUCAGAGCAGUAUCGGUUUCAGGUAAUAAACAGUGGUGGAUUGAGUGUUUUCGUGUCAAACGAGGAAUCAGAGAUAAUAUAAUACGCACUAGUUUGUUGAUACGCACAUAUCGGGUGUAUAAUAAUGAGCGACGGGGGUUAGAGGCCUGCGGUCUGCGUCUCGGUUUGUGUACGCGCACCGAAAUCAAACAGGGCAAAAUCGUUUCACGUUUUGCGAUCGAGUAUAUACCUAUACGAAAUGAACCCGUGUGUACAGGUUUAAUAGCGAUCGAAUUACAUUACCAUAAUAUCGUAUUAAAUUCGUUCGGAUGACUCGGGCCGGGUUAUUGUUAUUGCGCGGUGAACUUUCGGCGUCGAUUUAAUGCGAAAUGAGGUGCGAGAUGACGGCACGACGUAUGCACCACCGCGAGUAUCCAUCGCCCGUCUGGAGCCAUCCGUCAGCGCACCGCGGCGGGUAUUUUAAAUUUCCGAAUUUCUUGCCGGUACGAUAGAACCGCGCGCCUUCUACGAUAAUAAUUGACGAUUAGGUAUGCAAUUCGAACCGACUACGACGUCGAAAAGCCAUUAAGAAUAUUUCCAGUAUACGGGUACCGAAAUAAUCGCGUGCAAUUACAAAUCUGCAGUUGUUUUGCGUCGCCGUCUUUGUACGGGGUGACGACGGCGGAAUCAAUUGCUGGCGCACAAUAGGACACAAUCAAGAUUGACCGCCGCCGCCGCCGCCGAGCCAAAAGGCCCGCAGAACGUAACGCGCGCGAAUGUAUAGGUUCAUCUAAAAUAACUGUAAUUUAGAAAAUAUACAUAAAAUUUUAGUUCUCUACGCAGAGGAUCUAAUAAUGACGUUCUGUUCGAACGUUUUUUCCGCGUACAAAAAUGACCGCGUGAAAAAAAAUUCUUCUUCAAACAUAAGCUGGCCGUUACCACUGGCGACGCGUGCGUGCAUUCUGUAUUCGAUUAUUAUUCAAUUAUAAUAUGUAAUUACACGUAAAAACUAGAAACGAAUCCUACUUCAUGGUAAAUUCCGGCAGUCGUCCGAUUAAACUACCAAAUAUUUACCGCACUGACCAAAUCCACUGGUACAACCAUUGGGGGGGGGGAGAUUGUGGGUUAUAAUUAUCCCCUUGUAAUUUAGGUUUUUUUUUACAAGUCCUAAGUAAUAAUUUAUAUUGCUCGGAAUAAUAACAGUAUCUAUUUCUUAAAAAUUAGAGGCAGGUAACACACCUUUUUUGCAAGUAAAAAUACUCCAAAUUGUUCACAUUAUUUUCGGAUGGUAUCAUAAUUAGAUGCGGUAUUUUGCCCGAUAGUACUUUAUUUGAAAAAUUUUUUUUGAUAUUUUUAGCAGUUAUUUUUAUUCUAUGUCUUUUGGUUUGAUUGAUUUGUGGGUUACCUUUGCAAGAAGGGGAUAAAUACGAUUAAUAUACUACAUUAAUAUUUCACUCAGAAUCGUUCUUUUGCAUUGGUUUAGUGUUGCGCACAAUAUAUAAACAAGAUUAUCUUGUAGGUCUAUCUUAUAGGGACCUAUAAUUUUCUAAGUACCCACCUGGAACAGUAGCCUACCCGUGAGCAGUAAAAACUUUUUUUAAAUUUAAAACCACUUCUCCCAAAAGUUAAUCUUGGUUGCACCACUAACCAAAUCAAUAUUAACCAAUCAUAUUGCAUGAUUGCACGAGCAGGUACACGUCGCAAUGGAAACAUAGCUAUAGGUAUAAGAUGAUAAAGAUUACACGUCCGACCUAAAGAGCCUAUAUAGUAUAAUAGUAAACAAUAUUAUAAUAUGAAAAAAUCAGAUAUAGUUAUGCAUGUAUAUGAUUAAAUUGUUUCAUGGUGCACAACUGUUUUUAUAAGCGUUUCCUGGGAUGUACCAUACUGGGGUUUUAUAUUACCUAUCUAUAUACAUAAAUCAAUUACAUAGAAGUAGUGAUAAAGUGAACUAUAAUAUUACAGUAUUAGUUAUUAUACCCACGCGGAGUUUACAUAGUAGACUAUUAGAAUUGAGUCAUAAAAUGAGGUUCCCCUCUUUUAUUAGUUAUUAUAUUUAUAUUGUUUGACGGUUUAUACAAACUCACUGCAGUUUAAGCAAUCGCCUAUAAAACAUGUAGGUACUAACAAUAUCACUCCAAACACAAACUUCGAUUUUUGAUACAGUCAUUUACUCAUAUACCCUUCAAAAUUGUUAUAAAACUAAACAAUAUGUUAAAAUAUAUAUACACUAUUUCGUUGGCUUGUAAUUAUCGUAUUUUUUUUUAACGUUAAUAUUUCAAUAUGACGUAGGUAGUACUAGAAUAUUAUUAUUAAAUAAAAUGCGAAAAAAAAUAUACGUAUUUCAAUUAUAAAUGUAUUUUCAAACAUUUAUUUUUAUCGGUUGAAUAUGUUAUAUUCAUAAAACCAUAUAAAGUUCUGCGUCUUAAAAUAAAUAUCGUGUUAUUAAAAUUGUAAUGCAAAAAAAAAAUGUAAUCAGAAACUUGUCCCUGUUAAGUUUAUAAAGUGAAAGUUGUAUAAAUACAUAUUUCUCACUCUAUUUAUAUCAAAUCCAAUUAAAUUUUACAAGAACAACAAUUAUUGUUCAGCUAAUUUUACACGUGUAUUUUAGAUUCUGAGUGGAGAGAAGAAACUUAUGGUUUCACAAAGAUGUUUAUAUUUUUUUUUAUAUCUGUGUGCAACUUUUCUACCAGAAGACUUGCUCAGAUUUUUAAGUGUAGCAUCUUUUCUGAAAGGAAAUUAGUGUGGAGAGGUACCUUGAAUAGGUCAUUUUUCGAUUUUCUCAAGAGUUUUCUCAUCAGGUUUGAAAAAUCGAAAAAAAAAACGGGAAAAUGUAUGAAAUAUAUUACUAAAGUAUUAAGAUUUUUUUCCCAAUGCACAACUUUUCAACCAACAAUUUUUCUCCAUUUAUAAUGAUAGCAACGUUUCUAAAAGAAAAUGUCACUAGGAAGGUACUUUGAGGAGGUCAUUUUUCGAGUUUCUCAAGAUUUUUCUAGGUAAAUGUGAAAACCUAGGAUAAAACAUUGGAAAACCAAAAAAACGUUGGAAAAAUAGGAAAAUUAGUACAACAUCAAUCAAAUAUUAUUACAGAGAAUAUAGAAAGUCUAUUUAAUUAUUUUAUUAUAAUAUGACAUAUAUUAUUGGCAAAGCAUCUCUAUCAACAGAACUCCGCUCAGAAUCGUUUUUUUUUUGUAACCAAUGGUUUAUCGUUGCUCACAGGUAUAUAUUAAAUUACCUAUAAGAGCAGCUGCACCCAACCCCAUUAUCGUAAGAUGUUAUUUUAUAUAUUCAAUACGUUUUAAAAUUGCGUUCACGUAUAUUUAAAGUAAAUUUUAAACGAUUUAAUACAGUAUUAAUAUACUGUAUUUAGUUAGUAUACAAUAACAAUAUUCACGAACCUGUUUAUGAGAGCUUAUUAUAUUUUCAAAGAAAUAAACAAGAAUUAUAAUAAAAUUAUACAAGCUCUACAAUUACAUCCAUUUAUUAAACUAUACGAGUAAGAUUGUCCACUAAGGCUUCUAGUAAAUUUCAAAACUUCCUCUUUAUACAAACUAACAAAACUAAUAUAAACUAAUAUAAAUAUAUAAAAAUCAACUUCAAUAUAAAUAACAUACAUUCUAUAAAAAAUAUAUAAAAUUUAAUUAAUAAUAUUUAAAAAAAAGUACUGAUACUGGGGAUGGUAGCGACCACUGUUGUAGAUGAAAUGUUGGGAAGGUAGGAUGCAUAAAGUUAUUUCAUUUAUAACUGUAAGCAACGAUAAACCAUUGCUUGACGAAAGACGAUUCCGAGCGCAGUUCGGUAAUACCUAAUUUGAAGUGCCGUAAUUUUUUUUUAGAUUUUCGUUUAAAUUUGAUUUCAAAAUACUUAUUAAAAAAAAAAAAAAUCGUCCGAUGAUUUUGAAAGUUUUUCCACGUCUAGAUAAGUCCAAUUUAAGUAUUAUUACCAAGUUUAAAGUAUCUACGUGUAUUUAUUAAUACAAUUAAAUUACAUCAAAAAAACCCCUAAAAAUUAAAAUUUCUUAAAAGCUCAAAAGUUUUGGCAAUGAUACCAUAAGAAAGUAAAUCAAAAAAGUAACAACAAAGGUAUUUUGUGAUUUUUUGAUCAAAUCAUUUUUUCUGAUGGAAAACGUCGUCUGUGAUUUUAUAAAAUAAUGAAAUCGUUAAAUUGUAUGUUUUUCUUCUUUUUUAUUUACUUAAGCUCUUUUAUUUGAAAAAUGACCUCUUUAAAAUACAAUCUAGACAAUUUGAGCUUUCAGAAAAGUUCCUACACGUAAAAAUCGGAAUAAGCAAGUUUAAUAAGAAAAAACGUUUUCACAGACUAGAACAAAGAAAGAGAAAAAAAAAAUAGACAUCUUAGUAAAACCAAUAGCUCCCUCGCUACGUUUGGAAACUAAAAUUAUUGUAUACCACAAGGCUGUAAAGUGAUUUCAUUAGAUAUCAAAAACAUAUACAUUUCUAUUCUCAAAUUAGAAACAAUACCAAUUUUAAAAGAUAAUUUAACUUCACUAAAAAAAAAUAAACAUUAAAGAAAUCAACGAAACUAUAACAAUUGUUGUAACUAUCGUUAACCAAAAUUAUUUUAGUUAUAAUAAUAGAGUUUACUCACAAUCAGAAGGCUCAAUAGUUAUGAGCAGUUCAUUAAGUGUUCUUCUCUUCAGAAAUAUACAUACGAAACUAUAAAAAUAAACACUUUAUAAAAAAUCCCAAUAUUAAACAAUAUCAUAGAUAUUUAGAUGAUACUUUUAUUAUAUUUAAAGGCACACCUAGACAAGCACAAAAUAUGGUUGAUAAAUUAAAUAAAAUUAACAAACAUAUACAAUUCACUAUUGAAAUACAAAUAAUAAUCAAUUAAACUUUUUGGCCUAAACAUUAAAAUUAUGAGUAAUAAAUUUUAAUUUAAUAUUUAUAUAAAACCUACACAAACGAAUGCUAUAAUAACUAAUGAUUCCAACUAUCCCUACAUACAACUAUUAGCAUAUUUUAGACCAAUGUUGCAUUAUAUAAUAUUUAUUACUAUUUAUCAAGUACAAUAACUGUUCACUGUUUAUUUUUGUUUUCAAAUUUUUAUGUAACAUUACAAUUUAAUAUGAACGUAAUACAAUGCAAUCAGUAACUUGAUGAUGGUAUUAUACCGAAACUAAGUAGUUACGGAAGUAUAAAACUUAUAUAACACUUUAAGACUUGUUUUUUUAAACAAUUAAUUCCAAAAAUUAUAAAAGUGAAAAUUAUCUCAAACCUACGAUAUAAUAUUGUUAUAAAUUAUAAUAUAUUAUGAUAAUUAGAAAUAAGAUUAGAUUUUUAACCGUAUACCUACUGUUUCUUUUUAAAGUUUCCAUAUUUUAAUACUUUACAUGAGGAGCUAGAAAAAUGUAUGCCGAACCGAAUCUCGGGGUGCUCUAAUUUUCCUCCCCCUCUCCUCACAUCAGCUUGCCUUAUACGAUUUUUUCAAGUAGCUUAAGUCACUAUUAAAAAAUGAGUGCCUACUAUUAAACUGAUUAAAAUUUUGCAUUUUUGUAACUCAUUCACUCAUUAUCGAAAUUGUAAUAAUCCACUUUCCGUAUAGGUAGAUACUUGAAAUUUGGCACAGAAGUAGGUGUAAGUAAUGAGAAAAAUCUGAAAAUUGCAAUUUUCUAAACAUUAGUUUCACAUUGUGGAGGGUAGGGGUAAGUAGAACGUCUAUUAUAAUUUUCACAUAAUAAGCAUAUUUUACAUAAAUUUACAUAUUUAUAAGGGUGUAGAAUCUAAAUAUUUAUUGCUUUUCAAACUAGCUCUUAGUUAAGAAUAUGAGAGGGUAUUAGAAAACAAAUUGUAUUUUUCUUAUAUUAAUUACAAAAUUACAAAUUGACAGGUAACAAGUAUAGCAUAUAAUCAUAGAAUAUUUAUAAGAAAUAAUUACCUUAGUUUUCGAAAUCCAUUUAAUAAUAAUAUAAGAAGAAAAUCCAGCUUGAAGUUUUGGUUACCUUGGAAAACACUUAAUUUCGGAAACAAUCUCGACGUUCAUCCGGCAAGUUUUUAAAGGCAGUAAAAAAAAAUUACAAUUUACUGCAGAAAGUGGUCUUUAGUGGUUAUGUUGUUCCGACGAAAUCUGUUGACAGAAAAGUGUUAUUUGAUUUAAAAAAAAUAAUAAUAAUGAAAUAAAACAGUAUAAUAGGUAAUUCGUGUCCUUAUAAACCGAAAACAUUGGUUCAUCCAAAAUUAAGUGAAACAUUUUUUAAUUUUUGUUAUUUUACAGACGCAGUAUAUAGAUACUAUAUAUUAUAUUAUAUAAAAUAUUAUAAAGGUUUAUUUAUUUUCGUGUCCGGGGUUAAACCGUAAUAUUAAUUUAGUUAUAAAUAUUUAUGGUAAGUAAGCCGGCUUUUUAUAAUACGUACCAAUAUCGUGUACAUGAAAACGUAAGUCGUAAUACUUUCCGUAUUAUAAGAAAAAAAAAAAACGAAAACAGAAAAUAUUAUAAAUCUUGAGUGAGUACUUGAUAUCUUACGAAGGACUGAUGAUUGCAAUAACUUUUGUUGUGUUUAAUAUUUUAAGUACCUACGUUUUUCUUAUAAUAAUUAAGAAAGCUUGCGCUAUGAUUUCACUGUUUUAUACUUGUUUUAAAACUAAUAAUAAAAAAUUGUUUUUACAAAAUCUAAGAUAGCCAUUUUAUAAAUAUAUUUUGAAAUAAAAUAUUUACUAUAAUGACGAAUCGUUUAGUUUCUACGUUUUUUUUGAAGUUUAAACAAAUUAUUAACACAAUCAUUUUUCAUGGCAAUAUUUGAUAUUAUUUAGUACCUAGUGGCAAUGAACAAUAUAAAUUAUCGUAUACUUCAAAAAUCGAUUUUUAAAAAUUUAAAAAAAUAUAUAAAACAGAAGUUCAUAGUGUAAUGCUUCAGUAAUUUUUAUAAUAUGCAUUUAUUUUUUAAAAUACCGAAAAUAACAAAAUUUAUUGAAUUUGUUAGAAUUCUGUGAGUCACUGUACACAAAAUGUAUACUGCUGUUGGCAGUGUAGGACAAAUUUAAUAACCCAAUGGUAUAGUGUCAUAUUUUUCACCAAAAAAUCUCCGUUAAUUGUUCACAUGCUCAUCAUAAUAUUACUGUCAAAAUAUUGUCAAAACCCACAAAAAUUAGUGAAGUUUUGGAAAUUUUAAUAAAUGUCUCAAAUAAAAUACCUACCGGCCGGUAGUUCCAAAUUUUUUAUAGUACCUAUUGCAUUUCACUAAAAAAGAGUUUUUUAAAGUGUUUGCAGUAAACAUACAAAUCCACGAUCUCCCGUGCAUACAAUAUUAUAUAUGUAUACGUAAUGCAAACCAAGAUAUUAUUAAUUUGCAUUAUCGGCAAAUGAAAUUUUAUCAAGUUACACGCAAAAUUCCACAAUAUUACAAUAUUAAAUAAUACGGAUAGGUACAUAGGUUUACGUAUCCGUUAUUAUACCGUACGUUUAGUUGUAAAUGUUUUAUUAAUUGCCUGAAGGAAUACUGUAAAAUGAAAACUUAAAAUUUAAUUUGCGUAAUACUACCGAUAUAAUUUUAUGUAUAAUAUCGUAUACGGUGUCCCACUAGGAUUUAUCGACUACGUGACCGCCAAGGGGGAGGGGUAAAUAUUUAUCGUCGUACUUGCUGAACUACAUAUACGAAUACUUAUUUUGAACUUUAAACCGUUCAUGAAUUCGAAAUUUUCAAUUAACACUUUAGAGUUUAGUGAUAAAUUAUAAUGCUCGUAUCAAAAUUAUAAAAUACAUAUUAUAAUAAUAUAUUCACUUACGUUCUUUUACCUACGUAUGUAUUACCUAUACGGAUAUAUCUUAUAAAAAUAGAUACUACAAAAUAUUAUUUCUAGUCCAUAAAUAUAUGGAAUAAAACAUUCGAAUUCGAAUUUGAAAUGUAAUACAUUCGGGUAUUGUUUUCAAUCGAUACGAUCCGGAUUCCGGACGCUAAACUGCGAGUAUUAUUUUCGUCGCGUAGUAAGUAAAAUUAUUAUUAUUAUGUAGCGAUGGUUUUUCCUUAUUUAAGAUUUUCGGUGUUUUUUUUAUCUUUAUUUCUGUAGGAUUUUCAGCGCUUUUUUUUAUUGUUCAAUAUAAGGUUACCACAUCCGAACUCUAUACCGCGUAGUAGGUAUACACGUCAUAUAUUUUUUUUUUCUUCCCGUCCUGGAAUGUUUAUCUAGGUAUUUACGGUUCACUAUUCGCGAUCUUCUCUGCGUUCCACUCGCCUUUACCCCAAAGCUUUUUGCGGCGGUUGGCCAUCAUUGCUGCAGUUUAUAUAAUAAUACGGUAACUAACAAUAUACCUAGGUAUAUAAACCUCCACUACUGCCCGUCGUCGUAUCGUCUCACCCUGUAUACGGCACCGACCAUUACCUAUACACUGCUCUCGCGAUUCCGACGAUCCAUCUCUUCUUUGGCCUUUCUCCGCCUAUAUACUCGUGUAUAUACCAGGUAUAGGGUGUCAGUUAUCUAUUUCCGUCUAUAAGUUCGCGUGUCUCACAACGCGCGCCGUCUGUUUCUCAAUGCUUCUCCGGCCUGUGACACGUCCCCCUCCCCUUCCUCCAAACCUCCCAUCAAUCUAUUUGACAGAAUUUUGACGCCUCGUUAAAUAACAAUAAUAAUAAUAAUAAUUUGGUACCUAUUGUGAUAUAUUAUAGGUACCUGUACAGAACGGAAAUCGUAUUGCCCAUUAUAAUAAUAAUCAUACUAAUAAUAUAAGGCUUAAUCUACUCGUCAAAAUCUAUUAAUAUUAUUAUAUUAGUAUAAUAUAUAUAGUAAUAGUAUAUUAUUAUUAUUUUGUUUGGCUAGCUGCGAAAAAAAAAAGAAAAAAAACGUACUUACCUAGGUACGUUAUAAUUUCAUUUACUUGGAAAUAGAUUUACACCCACACGUAUGAAAUAUUGUAUUAUGAUAAUAACCUAUACAUAUAUAUAAAUAAAGGAAAAAAAAACAGUAUUUAAAAAAAGUCAAUUAGUUUAAGUACCUAUAUAUUUCGAAGAAUAUUAUUAUAUAAUAACUAUAUGCGUAUAUAAUUGUUUAAUAUACUUGUCAGGGGAUAAAACAAAACAUAUAUAUAUAUAUAUACAGUACAAAGUGCGACUAAAGUUAAAUAUGUAAAUAUAAAUAAUAUUAAAAACUUUAACUUGUUUAAAAAUAGCAUUUCGGUAAUCAAAAUCUCACUAAUUAUAGGCCUCUUUUGGUUCUAUUUGCGUUAUUACCGUUAUGGUGUAAUUGGCAAGCCAUAUACGAGCAUUUUUUUUUUUUUUUUUAUAUAUAUAUAGGCGCCUAACAAUAAUAAUUCAAUACACUCAAAAAGUCGUUCUGACCUAAUUUACAUCGACGGUAGAGAUAUUUUUUAUUAUUGUUAUUUUUUUUUUUUCGAAAUUAUUAGAACUCGAGGUCACACUAUAAACCAACCGAUAUCCAAGGCAAUUUUGACGAAAUACCCAUUUGAAAAAAUAAAACCAACAUUUAUAUCUACUCGAAAACUAUAUUCGAAUUAACAUUUUCGCAUACAAAUUCACAAUCGGUCCCCGAUCCUAUUAUCAUCGUCGCAGUAUAUAUUUUCAACGUUAUAUACUGCGAAAAAAAAAAAAAAUGAAAAUCUGGUUACCGUCCAAAGCGAUUUCAGUAUGUUUCGAAUAUUAUAUAGAAAUAAUAGUAUAAAGUAAUAAAUAACGGAAUAUAAUAAUAACAAAAUAUAAUUACAUUAUUAUAAUGUUUUGAACAAUUAUUAAUAUUAUUCGUAUUUGUAUGUAUUUAAAAAUAAUAUUGAAAACACGACCGACCUAUUACGUGUAUUACUAUUGUAUACGAGCACAUAAAUAAUAUAUUUUAAAAUCGCGGAAAAAUGAAAUAAAAAAUCCCGAGAAUAUAAUUAUUUUUUGAUUAUGUGGGUAGAUCUAUAUCAAAAUAACCGGAAUCUAAACGAUAAUGGAAUGAAUAAUGUAUUAUUUUGCGUUCCAAAUAUAUCACGCUAAUGAAAUAUGUAUUUAAAAUAUAUACAUUUUAGAUUCCAAACGUAGCGAGGGAGCUAUUGGUAUUACAAUGCUGUCUAUUUUUUUUCUUCUUGUUUUUCUUGUUUGCCUUUGUUCUAGUCUGUGGAUACGUUUUUACUAGUAAAUUUAUUCCGAUUUUUACGUGUAGCAACUUUUAUGAAAGCUCGAAUUGUCUAGAUUGUACUUUAAAGAGGUCAUUUUUUAAAUAAAGAGCUUAAGUGGAUAAACAAGUAGGAAAACGUACAAUUUAACGAUUUCAUUAUUUUAUAAAAACGCAGACGACGUUUUCCAUCAGAAAAAAAUGAUUUGAUCGAAAAACCACAAGAUACCUUUGUUGUUGCCUUUUUGAUUUACUUUCUUCGAUAUCAUUGUCAAAACUUUUGAGCUUUUAAGGAAUUUUAAUUUUUAGGUUUUUUUUUGCUGUAAUUCGGUUAUAAAUACACAAUGUGUAUUACACAUAGAGACUGGAAACUUGAUAAUAAUACUUGUACAUAACUUACCUAAACGCGGUAAAAUUUUCGAAAUCAUCGGACGAUUUUUUUUUUAAUAAGUGUUUUGAAAUCAAAUUUAAACGAAAAUCUCGCUUAUUAGUUAAUACAUUUAAUAAAAUAAUAAUUUUUAUUUUUUGAACUCGAUAAUAUACUGAAGUAAAAUAUUAAUAGUACAAUAUCGGACCAGGUUCUUGCAUUCAGGGAAGGAAUAUUUGCCCUAGCCGCUUGAGAUAGGGUUCGAAAAAAUUCUGAGUCGUCACAAUACACAUAUAUUUCAAAAUGAUUUGAUAUUGCUGCAGACGGGAUACCGCCUUCGUAAGAUAGGUGGGACAAAUUAGGUAUAAAUGUUACUCAAUUUAUAUCUGUGAGCAACGAUAAACCAUUGCUGACGAAAUACGAUUCUGAACGCGGUUCAGAUCAGUGGCGUGUAUAAAGGAUGGGCACAGUAUCCCUCACGUGAAAAGCACGAAAAAAUGUUUAAAUAUUGUAUUUUGCCGAAUAUUGUAUAUAUUUUAGGAUUGAGACUACCUUGUUGAGAUAUACUAUAUACCUACCUAAGACCUAACAUUACAUUUUAUUGAUAAUUAAAUAACUCUAUGGAUAACAGUUUUUAAAACUAUUAAUAGACACUUAAUAUUUGAGUCGUCUAUUGCAAGUUUUUGUGUUUAUUAAAGUACCUAGUAAGAUGUUUUAUUUAAUUUUUAAUAUGUUCAAUUUUUAAUCUAAAAUGCCCAAAUCUAGUUGGGCACUGUAUACAAUGCCCAGACAAUAUAAACUUAUUACAACUUUGCUCUCGAAAAUUGGACAUUGUACACAGUGCCCGAGCACUGUACACAAUGUCCGACUUCUUAUUUUGCCCGUAACAUGUACACAUUAUUAUGACGCCGUAUUUUAAAAUAUUAAUAUUAUUAUCUGUAUGAUAUAACAAUAAAAAAAGGUGAAGAAUUAUUAUAAUUUGUAUUUAUUUUAAUUGGAGGGAGGCUGUACACAAAUAUGGUUGACCCAGGGCAUGAACAGUGUAAAUACGGCCCUCUGUCGAACUUGCGCGUACCUACGCAUGCAUUAUGCAUACACGGAUUAAAAUCUUCGCGGGUAAACAGGUAGGUACCUAAUAACAUAAUGGUUGAGACGUUGCCCUACUUAAAUAACGAUGAAAUUUUAUACGUUUUCUGUUUGCACACAUGACGUACGUAUAAUAUACGCUGUGUACUUACGCGAUUAUCGCGACACCUAAACGCGUAUUUAAAUAACACGCAAACUCUCGAUAUUAUAAUACUAUAUACCUGCACAUGUUGUAAAUCAUACGAAUUGGAUACUGAUAUUUUCUUUUUUCGUUCGACACACAUUACAAUGAUAAUAAUAAUAUGUACAGGUACUCGACGUAGAUAAUUUUCAUUCGAUCGACGAAGUGCAUAUUAUCAAAGCGAAACGAUACACAAGGCUUACAAGAAAACGGAUUUAAAAACAUUCAACUACGUGAAGUGUGCAAUAAUAAUAACAAUAAUAAUAAAAGCAAUAAUAAUACGAAAAAUAUAGUGAUAGGUAACAGUCGUCAUUAUUUUUUUUUUGUCGAAUUUCACGUCGUCAUCAUUAUAAUAUCAUAACAUUAUAUUAUGUACUUAUAUAGGUAACGGGUUGCGUAUUGUCACAAAAUUAUUUAUCGAAAAUAUUCACUUUCGUGAACAUUUAUAAAUUUACCCGGGUCUUUAAAUCAAAUAAUACGUCUGCGUAUAAUUAUAAUACGUAAACGCGAAAUUUAUUCAACAACACGUUAACGUAAAUGACAGAACACGCAUACCGUGCGCAGUGUGAUGUUAGACAUUUUUUUUUUAUUCGUGAUCAUUAUGAAAAUGUAAAAAAAAAAAAAAAAAUAAUAAUAUUUAUUUUAAUUUACUAGAAUACGAGACGGUCAUCGCUAUCUCGAAUAUCAAGUGGCCUUUUUCACAAUGGAAAAAUAAAAAUCCCGUAACUUUUUUUUUUACGUAAAAAUUAAUAUUCAAUCAAACGAACGUGUCGUCGUGUUAUUUCCACGAAGUCGUGUGUUGUCGUUUGGUUUUCAAUGUACGCCGUUAAUUCGAAUUCGUUUCGACGUGAAACGAUUUCUCAACGCAAGGUUUUCACGUUCAAAAUUUGUUAAAAAAAAAAAAAAAAAAAAACAUUCGCCCGACUGUCUCGCCUACGAUUUAAGCUGAACUCGAGUGUAGACAUUUUAGAGUUUUCAUUAUCGCGUACGUCGGUCGGACGGGUUGAAGAAAAAUCGGACCAAAUAUGUCGUAUAUAUAUACAUAUAGGUACUAUACGUAUGGGUAUGCGAUACUGACACAGAGGGAAAGUAUCGGUAUCCAAUUCCCGUGUAUUUCGCGAAAUCGUACGUGCACUUUUGAUAUUAUUUGGAUUACGAAAACGCGAUAAAAACUCCGUUUAAAUAAACUAAGUACCAUAAUAUACGCCGUACCUACAAUACGGUCGAUUUAUUUGAACGCUGUCAGGCUUGAACGUUCGCGCAACUAGUGAGAGGCGUACGGGUUAUUAUAGUAUCCUUACAUUAUAAACUAUCUCUUCUUGGAAAUUAGAUAGUUGGGUAGGUCGUAUAACUACCCACGUAAAUUUCUCGUUUAAGCCCUCGGUUUCGACCGGGAUUUAGGUACUUUUAAUCGCCCUCGAUUCGCCCGAAAGUCUAUACCCAGCGAUGACAAUAUAUUAAUAUAACAUUAAGGUCGUGGAUCCAUCAGAAUAUAGCCCUUAUUUGGGUAGAGGGUGAGGAGGAAGGUUUUGUUAGGGCAAAUGUUUGUGUAGUCCAUUAAAGGACCGGGAAAUUUAUGCAACGACACUCUAAGGGAAAAUGUGCAUAAUAAUAUUGUAAUUAGGGUUUUUGGUUUUUUUGUUUUAGGUUUUAUAGAUAUAAAUAUAUUGUAUUAUUAUUUUUAUAAGCUUGUUUCAAAUUAAAAUCUAUGUGAAACUUCGUUAAAAACACGAACAAUCGUAAUUUAUUCGUAUAAUUACGAAUUGAUACAUUUUCCAAUUAUAAUUUAUCAAAAAUGCGAUGAACCAAACUUCGUUCAGAAUAAUUUUUAAUUGGCUACGACGUUUUAUUAUUGCCUAAGGAUAUAAAUUAAAUCACUCGUUAUAAUAUCAUAUAGGUUCUCAGCUUUCUUUCUACAUACGACAGUGAUCUACCUAAAUGGUACGAAGUAUGUCGAUAGUUUUGUGUGCAUUUAAAUACAAUGUUAUACAAUUUCGUGAUAAAAACAAAAUGGGUCCAAUGAAAAUAACAUUAGUGAGGUUAGUAUUUAUAGACAGAUAACGAGACAGUAGAAUCUCUAUUGACCAAAAUAUUUCAAAACAAAAUAUAAUUAUAUCUUAUUUUAUGGAAUCAAUUUCCGGGCGGUGGCUAAAAUAUUUGCUGAAUCUCUUUCCACAUAUUACUAUAUAAUAUCGUAACGUUUUCAAAUUAUAAAUACUAUUUUUAUGAUAAGGCAAUUAAUUUUACCACAUUAACGGUCAAAUGGUUUUUGUCAUUAGGGUGAGAGGGUGAGGAGGGACUGAUUUUUUUUUUAACAAUUAUUAUUAUCAACAAUUUUGUUAUUAUAGAUUACAAAGUAAUAAGCAUACGUCUUAUAAAAUAUAUUAUCUAUUACAAAUAUCGAAGGGAAAAAUGUUUGACCGCUCAUAUUUUAUCAUAAAGUAUUUAAUAUUACAUAGUUGAUAAACAUUCAGAUAUAGAUAUUUUGUCAUUAUUAGUAUUGUAGGUAUAUAAUAUAAUAUAAGCGUUAGGAUGUUUUAGUUUUACAUCCUUGAAAUUAAAGUAAGUAAAUAACGGAUAAAGGAAAAAAAAUAUACUGAAUAUACGCUUAACAAUAAGUGCAUACUAUAAGUAGUAAAUUAAAAUUUAUUCCGUAUAGGUAUCAUAUUUGAAAAAAAAAUAGUUUUAUAUUACAUUUAUCUUAUUUCCUUCCGGGCUUUUAGUACAAUUACAACUUCGAUAUAACUUACCGUAAUACGGGCUACAGUCAUAACUGUACAAUAUCGUUGUCGUAACUUUCUUUUUAAUGAAAACUUUUGUUUAACCUUUUAUUGUUCCAUGUUAAUUUUAAAACUAUUAUUAUUAUUUUUUUUUUUAAAUGCCUGACGUAAAAAAAAAAAAGAAAAAAAAAAAGAAAAAGUUUAUAAUCAAUUAUGAAACGACAAAGAGUAGGCUAGUAUAAGUAAAGAGCCGAUAAAGAGCCGGUCAAUUGGAUUAAAAUAUAUACUUUGAGACAAAAAGCCGUUUUUUUUCUCUUCAGCAUUGCACUAAUUUCAUGUUUGAUAUAGCUGUGCACUGGUACUUAAAAUCUGUAAAUUAAUUAUCAUUGCGCUUGAUAAAAAAUAUUUAUUAUACCUGAUGUUAUAUGAAUACGAAUACGAGGUGUGGCUAUUAAACAACGAGACUGGUUACGAAAAAGUGUUUUAUUAUAAAAAUUAUUCUACAUUCAAAUGCUCCCCUUCAAUAUACUCCUCUCCCCUCGCCACACACCUUUCCAUACGUUUUUUCCAUUGAUCAAAGCAGUGCUGGAAGUCUUCUUUGGUGAGGGCCUUUAGGAGCUCUGCCGUUUUUUGCUUUACCGCUUCCAUCGACUCAAAUCGGGUCCCUUUCAAAGCAGAUUUUAUCUUUGGAAACAAAAAAAAGUCGCACGGUGCCAAAUUUGGUGAGUACGGUGCGUGUUCGAGCACUGGAGUGCGCUUACCGGCCAAAUACUGCUUCACAGAUAGCGCGUUAUGGGCAGGUGCGUUAUGGGCAGGUGCGUUGUCCUGGUGCAAAAUCCACGAGUUGUUCUUCCACAACUCGGGCCGUUUCUUACGAACUCUUUCUCGCAGUGUUGCCAAAACUGAUAAAUAGUAAAUCUGGUUGACAGUCUGACCCUCUGGAACCCAUUCAGUCAUCACGAUACCGUUAAUGUCAAAAAAAACGAUCAACAUUGCCUUAAAUUUGGAUUUGGACAUCCUUGCUUUUUUGAUUCUGGGCGAUUCAGGUGUCUUCCAAUGCAUCGAUUGUCGCUUUGUUUCAACAUCGUAUUGAAAAAUCCAUAUUUCGUCGCAAGUUAUAAUGUUUUUCAUCAGUCCGGGAUCUUCUUUUAACUUUUCAAGGAAUCUGAGCAGACCUGUUGACGCAAGAACUUUUGGUCAGGAGUCAGGUUUUUUGGCACCAACUUCGCACAGACUUUUGUCAUAUGUAAUUCCUCAUGUAAAAUUUUUCUAACCGUUUCUUUAUCGGCGUUUACAGCCUCGGCAAUCAUCCGGAUGCUCAUUUGACGAUCUGCACGCACAAUUUGGUUGAUUUUGGUCACUGUUUCCGGAGUUGAAACAGUGACAGGGCGACUUAGGCGCUGGUCAUCAUUCAGUGCUCUUUCGGCCCUCACUGAAGCGCAUAUACCACUCAAAAAUACGUGCACGAGAUAGAGAAUUGCCUCCAUAGGCCUCUUGCAACAAUUUAUAGCACUCGGUCGGAGUUUUUUUCAAUUUAACGAGAAAUUUGAGAUUGAUACGUUGCUCCUGUUUUUUGUCACACAUGGUUUUCGGCACGAGAAAAAAACACGUUCGUUUCAAACCACUACUGCACAAAUACUAUAAUAGUGACGAAAACGUGUUUUGGUACGUGUAGAGAUAAGAUAUCUAGAUACCCAACGCAUUACUCGUUUUUUUCACUACCCAUCUAAGGCGCCCUCUAGGCAAGCAGUCUCGUUAUUUAAUAGCCACACCUCGUAUACUUAAUAUUUUUUUUUUUUGUUACCAACAAUCCGUGUAGGUAUUAUUAUAGCCGUCCAUCACACAUUUUCGAUUCUUAUUUCCUUAUUUCUUUACUCACUGCAAAUUUUUUUAAGAUCCCGACAGCGAAGAUUGCAGAAAAAAAAAAAACGUCAAUGAAUACUAAAUAUACAAAACAUAUUAGUAUUUGUAAACCAGGAAACAGUAAUUGGACGUAGAUAGGAUAUCAAAAACAAAAUGUAAUUGUUAUUGCCGGUAUUUAUUUCCAGUUAAACGUUUUAUUUUCGUUGAAACCAGUAACGUUAAAACGUCUCGGAGGGUAUUCAAAAGGGACCACGUGUCCAACACCGUUAGGGUGUUGCAACUAAAUCGAUGCGAAUGGCAACCCUGAAACGUUUAUUUAUAUAACAGCUAAAUAUAAUACUGCAGUACGUGUACGUGUACAAAACUGAAUUUUGAUAGUUUUCAAUAUAAAAUAAUGAGGUAAUGAGUUUUGAAACCUGUAAAAUAAUCAAUAUAUAUAUAGAAAUAAGCAUUUAGUAGAAUUGCAAUGAUACUUGCACGUAAACUAAUAUUAUAAUAUUGGAAUAGUUUGAUAUUUAUUUUUUUAUGAAUGCGUAAUUCUUUUAUAUAAUUAUAAUAACAAAAAUUAAAAAUUAAGCAAUUUAAUAAUAUACAUUAUACAUAUAUUUCCGUGUGACCUUGUGGCUCUCAUUGAAAAUAUUAAGCCGGGGCUUGGUCUUCAAAGGUUUUAUUGAUGAAAAAUAUCUUUUAUACUGACGGUUAUGUAAAAUAUUUAUUCUUAACGCUAAAAUGGCGAAAUUUUCCACCAUAAAUGAAAAAUGCUGAUACAAAUAUUAUUGCUGUUAAAUAAAAUAAACUAUCAAGUUGUAUAAUAAUCCUACGUGUUAUGAUAUGAUAAACACUGUUUGUUUAGCAUCUGCAAUCUCGUAUAAUUUAUUCGUAACGUGGUUACCAGAUAUCUAAUGUUUCAAAUGAUUCAUACUAUACCAAUGAUACACAGAAUGCAUAUCGGUGAAUGUUUAUAAAUUAUAGUUUCUUAUAAUAAACUUUAUUUGUGUUCACCUAGAAAUUAAAUUGUUAUCGAAUGUCAAAACUUAUUUAAAAUAAGAAGUGCUGUUUUUUUAAUUUUAUGUUUUGGAAAAUUCUUUAAAAUUAAAUGAGCUUAAAGUUCAAAAGCAAUAAGUUCAGUCCUCGAAAACAUUUUAAAAACUUGGCGUCUAUUUGUAGAUACGUUUAUGUUUUUAUAGUUGCGCAAUACUUUUGAUAUUAGAUUCUGAGCGAAAUGAGAAAUAUAUUAAUUUUACUAUGUGUGUUUAUUUGUUGUGUUUGUAAAUAACUUUUCUACCAAAAAUCUUGCUCCAAUGAAAAACUUUAUAGAAACACUUUUUAAUAAUUUUUGAUCCAUAGUUGAUUCAUUGGGGAUAUUAUUUAUUGAUUUUCUUUGUAAUGCUUUUAGUAAAUCGGAAAAACUAUACAUUUUUGUUGAUUUUCGGUGGUUAAUCUUGGCCACCAGCGAAAUAUGUGACCAAUAAUACUCUACUCAGAAUUGUUUUUCGUUAACAAUGGUUUAUGAUUCCGUACAGACAUAAACUUAAUUAAUUUUUAUAUCUUCUCUUAAUAUCUUCCAUAUUCCUCCUAAAACAGUGGCACCCCCUUUCAGUGGUAUCAGCCUAUUUUUUUGUAUUUAUUGUAUGCGUAGAGUUGAGUCCUCACCUAUGAAAAGUAUCUAUGGUCACUAUGGUCACUAAUUUUGAUUGUAUAAGUAAAUAGUGUAAUUUUACUGUUUGAUAAGAUUUAUUCUGGUUAUUGUUGUAUCCAUCUCAUACACCUUAUCAUCUACAUUAAUUAAUUUAUCGGGUAAUAUAAGUUAUUAAAAAAUAUUAUACAUAACGCGUAGGAUAGGUAUAGAACACGAAAAUGUAAUUUAAAAAUAUGAAUACAAAUUUUUUAUUCCACUAUAUUCUUAAGACUUUGAUAAUUUAUACAUUGGUCAACUUAUAAUGUAUUUAUGGUUUAGUAUUGAAUUUUUUCGGGAUAAAUUUUUUUAUUUUAUGCGAAUAGUAUUAUUUUUUUUUCAUUGAAAUACGUAAUUGAUUUGUAUGAAAUAGUCUGCCAUUGCACUUGUACGCUACUUUAGGAACUGUUAUAAAUAUGAAGUUUGAGUAUUUAAGUUCCAAUAUCAUUACAUUCCUUAUAUCUAGGUAGCUAUAAUAAAUCCAUCUAUGUGAAUUGAACGGUAUAGUAACUAGUAAGGUUUUUGCUUUAUACGCUAUGACGCUUUGACGUGAGUCAUUCGUAUAAUAAUUAAAAUAAUAUAUCCAUGGUAUAGGUGCAUAAUACUGAGAUUUAAAUUACUAAUAAUAUCACUUAACUGGAUAAAUUAUCUGCACGUAAUAAUACAUGAAACGAAAUCACCCAUGUGUACCAAUCUAUAAUAAAAAAUUAAAACAAAAUUAUAAAUAUGCAUAGCAUUUAUGCAUAGCAUUUAUGCAUAAACUACAAGUAAUACAACGUACAUAUUCAUAAGCUAAUAUAUUACACGUAGUUAGUAAAAUAUACAUGGAGGCAUUUUGAACGGGAUGUUUUGAGUAUUACAUGACAAUUCAUACAACCGUCACGUUUAUUAUCUCAUACAAGGGAGGGCAGAACGACCGCAUAUUUUUUGUUAUAUUCUGAGCAUAGUGUUAAAGAAUGUACAUAUCGGUUUUAUUAUGAUUAUGUGUUUUUAGAUCAACUAUAUAUUAUCUUCUCUUGUUGAGUAAAACAUUUCCACCAGUAAUUUUGCUUCUAUAGGACAUUUUAUGAAGAAACUUUCAUGGAGUAUUUUGAAUCUAGUCAGUACAUUAGGAAAGUAAUAUUAAGAUUUUCCUAUUAAUCUCUUUAAUAAUUGGGGGGGGGGGAACCGGGAAAUUGUAUGUUAAAAUGGUUUUGGUUAUUUUAAAAUUUAGUUUUUUACUGUUAUUCAGUUAAAAAUAUUAAUAGAAACCUGAAAUUUUCACUGAAUCCUUAUAAUUGACAUUUUAAAGAAGUGAUACAAUUUUUCUCAUUUUAAAUGUUUGAGUUUUAAUAGGUUUUCCGUGCAUACAAUUUUUUUUGCGUUCUAAAAAUGCUUGACUAUUUGAUACAAAAUUACAUAUUUUGAUAAACAUUUAUGUGAAUAUUUGUUUAAUUCAAAUAUUCGAGAAAAAGACACGGACAAUUUUUAUUUUAUUUAUUUUGUCGUUGUAAAUUAAUACAAUUUAUUAAGUUUAUCGGAAAACGUUUAACCCAACUUAGCUUAGAAUUGUUUUUCGUUAACAAUGAUUUAUUGAGGUGUACAGAUAUUAGAUAAGAACAUUAUCAGGGUUUCAUUACAGAAAUAUUGUUAUAAUAUUCAUCCACCUAUUACAUAUUGUUGAAAAUAAUAUACCUAAUCAAACAUUAUACACGCGGCAUUAGAGCAAAAUAAAUUGAUAGCAAAUUAUUUGCAUAGAGAUCUUAACAGAAAAUGUUAGUGGAGAAGAGAAUGUAACAUAAGCUAGUGGUAUAUCUAGGAUUUUCACACACCGGGGUAAAAAAAAAAAAAUGCAUGCCCCCCCCUAUCUAAAUGGAUAUAUCUAAACUUCAAAUAUUUUCUUUGUCUUUCUUACCUAAGAUAACCUUUUUUUCUAUUUCCUCUGAAAAUGUCCAUUUUUAAUCAUUAAAAGUUUAUCUCAUUUUAAAUUUUGCCGUCCGGGAAAAUCGUCCCUUUCACUUCUCUCCACCCUUAAUAUGACAUUUAACAGGUCUAUUUUUGAUGCAAAUAUUAAUUUGUUUUUAUUUUGAGUUACUAAGAUCAGGAUGCUUGAUCUCAUAAUAAUGUUUGGAAAUCUACAUUUUACCAGCUCGGUUAUAGUAUAGCACAAUCUAAAUUAUCAUUAAUUAGUUUAUGGAUAAAUACCACAUCAUCAUAAGAGAGCCCCUCGAGAUUAUAAACCAAAUUUUCCCGAGAUGAAAUCUGGUCGGCUAGUCUGUUAUUAUAUGUAAACUAAAUGCUAUAAAACAUCAAAUUUGACUUUGCAUUUUGUCCACUAACAGGUUUAUCAAACCUACUUAAUUAGGAUUCUAAAUUAUGGAAAUAUACGAGUAUAAUAUAAACUCGCGUUGGAAUACAAGUAAUGAAAUAAUUAAAGAUAAUGCGAUUUUCGAUAGCACUGUGUUUUUAACCACCAUAAUUGUUAUUAAUUUUCAUAAGUUUGUUGGUUCUAUAAAUGAGAAAUUGCGGUUUUUGUUUUCUUCUUUAAUAUUCAACUCGUUUUCAUACCCAAAUAAUACACUGUAUUGUAUUAAUUCACAAAUCCUCGUGACAAUUUCAAAAAUCAUGAAAUAUCACCCCUUUAAAGUAUAAACUUACCCUGUGUAUCAUUCUAACGUCACUAACCACCCUUUCCCCUAAAUGUUUAUACUUUUUUACGUAAUGAAAGUAAAACCAUUUUAAAGAUUAAGUUCCUUUCUUCUGACGAAUUGUUAAUUUAGAACUGUACAGUUUGUUUAAAAAUCAAAGUUAGACAUUUAUGUUUGAAUGCGAAUUAUUCGGACGGAUUAAUUAGUAAGUUAUUUAAAUAUUCAAAGAAUGUAAUAGUAAUAUUAUAUUCUGAAAUAUUCCGAUUUUAAUUUAUGAAUAAUAUAUAAAUAAUAAUAAUCUGAAUAAUAAUGCUUAAAUUAUAAAUGUUGCAGUUUUGUUGUAUCUAUUUCUUUUUCUUUUAUUUAAAAACAAUUUAUUGACUUUAAUUGAAACUUGUGAAAUGUGUCAAAUGUCAAUUCAGUACGGGUAAAUAAUAAUUGGAAAUAGAUCUGUCCAAGACUAUAUUAAAGAUAUGAAAAAUAUUUUUAAAAAGACUAUACCUGUUGUGUUAUUAUGAAAUACGAGAACGUCUUGAAAAAUUCAAUAUCGUAAUAUUAUUGAUUAUUGAUUUUUCUAAAAAAAAAUUGUAUUAUUUUAUAAUAUGAAAUGUAGGAUAUUAAAUAACUUAACAAAAACAACUAUUAUCUUUUUUAUGAAGAAAAAAACUUCCGUUUUAAAAACAAAUAUUGUAUAUUACAUAACUAUUGAGAAAAUAAUUGUAAGAUUAUUGUCCCAAAGAACGAUAUAAGAGUACCUAUUUCAUGUAACAACCUAUGAAGAGCAUUACUUUAACAAAAAAAAAAAAAAUAAUAAUAAAAAUAAAAAUAAAUACGGUUACUCAGUGUUUUUGAUUCGUUCCGAUGACGUAUCGGUUGUCAGGUAAAAACGACAUGCACUGCGUGUGUUGUUUUUCGCAUUCUGUAAGUAUAGGAAAGUGUAAAAAAAAAAACCCUGAAUAAAAAUCGUAUUACAUAAGAUGGAUUAAAAAUAUAUUAUCGAUUUUCGUUUUUUUGAAAAUGAUUCGCGAUUGGUUACCCAACAUACACCUGCAGAUACGUACACAGUACACUAGGCUCGCACGACCGUGUCUCGAUCACUGCAGUACCGUUUCGCCGAAUUUAUUUUUCAAAUAUGCUAAUAAUAAUUAAAGUCAAACGUAUAAGAAAUUCUAUUGUUGAAAUUACAAUAUAUUUAUACGAAAUCGUUUUAUUUCUUCGAUUUUAACGGGACGAUGACUGUGAUUAUACGACGGCGAAUCUAAUCGGGAUGGGAACGCAAUUUGAAAUUACCUCGUGACGCGAGCUCCACGGUUUUCGAUGCGCUUCCUAUAUUUUAAUACCGUGUUGCCUAUUCUAAAAUAAUAGUUGUUACUAGUGCAUUCCCUAGAAGGAAUAUAGAAAUAUUAUGUUGUUCAAUCACAGCCAUAGUUAUUUUAAUAUGUAACUGCGCCGAUACCGAUGAAAUAAUGAUACAAUACUCACACGACACUCUAUUCUAGGGGCGGCCGGACUUUUUUUCGGUAGAGAUUUAUUUAGAAAACACUGAAAAUCGACUGUCGAAAAUAAAAAUGUAAACAACUAAUAGAGGUAUCAAUAAUAACCAUACGUGUACAAAUAACAAAACUAAAAUACAUAUAUUGUUAAAUGAUGUUCGUCAUCAUAUCUCUUUUAUUAAGACUAUAAUACUCGUAUAAAAUUAUCAGUCAAAUGUACCAGAAAUAAAAUUUCCGCAUUAUACGUGUAAACACCGUUGAACUGUAUUACUUGAUAAUCUGACAACAAAAUAAUAAUCUAUUAAGAUGUAGAAAUGUUCGGCAACUGUGAUUUAUCCAUACUAAUUAUAUAAAAACAAAUUCUAACAAAGGGAGAUCGACAUUGAGAUCGUCCGCGAUCUACCUGUCGAUCCUUUGUCGAUUCUUUGGCCACCCUUGCUCUAUUUAUUUCAUUUUGAAAUGGAACGGCUGCAAAAUGGUAAUUGAUCAUUUUUACAUUUAAAAUGGUUUACGAGAGUGAGAAUUUUGCACAGAGUUUUUACGAAAUUCUGUUGUAUUCUUAUUUUUACACGCACAAAUAAUUUUAAAUGUAACGUAACGCUAGACGCUAUAAACUUACAAACCACAGACGACCAAUAUAUUGUUCGGUAGGUAUUUUGAAUUCACGUUAAUUAUACCUAGACAUGCGACCUCGUGAUUCUUAAACGUAAUAAAACGGUCGUGGGAGUAAGAUUUAAAUUGAUUUUUUAGCCUAGGUCAAAGAAAUUAUGGUAAUUAUGUUUGAUAAACACCGUUUGUAAUUGUAGAUACGUGUUCUAGAAUUUAAAGACACCAUAAUGUACACAGGGUGACAUUAUCACGAUUCAAGGAUUAUUUGUACGGUAAUUGUUUGUGAUAAAUUUGAUUUUGGGUUUUAUCAGACAUUAUACGGAAUGUCAAUAAUUACGGUUUAAAAUAACGAUAUUAUAUUAUUUGAAAUGAUUUAAAAAUUGCACGCUAGUUCAUGAUAAAAAAAUUACAGCGGCUAUAAUAUUAUAAUGUAUUUGUCCGCAUAUUUUGUAUUUUUCAUUUCUGAUUUACACGCACAUAAUAUAUACGCAUAGCAUUGCAUAAUUUUACCUAAAUUUUUCGAUAAUUUUAAAUUUCUUAAAACCCGGUUCUAUAAAAAUCCAUCGAGUAUAGUUUCUUUUACUAUCACUGACGUUGCUAUUGUAACACAUGCUAUACGUUCAAUAACGAUAAUAAUAUAAUAUUUAUUAUAUUAUUAUGAUGGCGAACAGAGGCGUGGCAAAAAAUAUUUUUCUGGGUAGGCCAAAAAGAAUAAUAUAAAUGCAUGAACGGGAUUUAUAAAAAAAAAAAAAUGUUGAUUUUAAAAUUGUGUUGAUUUCGGAAAUCAAGCAAGUAGGUCUGGGCUUACCAGAUCCGCCCACUGUAGGCUACGCCACUGAUUUGGCAAAUCGUCAUAAGUUUGUUUAUAAAAUUGCGAUCGAUUAUAUUAUUAUAGGUAUAGGAACAGCGAUCAUAUAAUAAUACGUAUACCUUCGUAUAUUAAUGCAAAGACAAUAAUAAUUGGAUCAAAUUGUUUAUGAAUCAAACAUCAUGAUCGUAACAGACCCAAGGGAAAUUAUAAACAAACAUUAUUGUAUUCAUAUUUUCAUAUACAUUAAGGUAUAGGCCGUGGAAUGUAUAAUGUAUUAGACAAUGUUUACUAAUCAGCAAUCUGAUGCGAUGAUUAAUGUGUAGAUUUUUUUUUUUGUCAUAUUUGAACAUACCUUAGUUCUAAUUUUACAUUUAUAUUGUAUCAGAAAUGGCGAAUAUUUAAUGGUUAUAUUUUUAUUUAGUAACAGAUAAGUACAAUUUAUUUACAGACAAAGAUGAAUAGGUAAUCGCUCGAAAAUCAUCUACAUAUAGAUGAAUACAAAUGAAAAUAACAUAACAUAUUCGAACCAUCUCAUAGAAAAUAGAAUAGAUACCUAAGUAGAGUUUACUUAGAUAAAAAAAAAAAUAAUUUUGUUUUGUAUGUUUCGAUUAUCGAUUAUUGAGAACAUUAUAAUAAAUAGUUAGACAUCCAAAGUAAUCUUGGAAAGGAAAAUGGUGUAUAACCGAAAACUUCGAAGUAAAAUGAAUAUAGUUCUUUAAUAUUUUCACCCUAGGAGUGAAAUAAUUUAUUAUUAUUUUUUCUUUUAGGAAAGUAUCUAUAUUUUAUAUUCUGAGCGAAACGAGGAAUAUAUUGGUUUUACAAUGAUGUUUAUUUUUUAUGUACAGUGUACACAAUUUUGGACUUAUAACUUAUAUUUGAUUUUAAUAGACUUGGUAAAAUUUUCAAAAUAUUUUUGAGCUAUUUAUGAAAAUUUUAAUUUUGAGAAUUUUUUACAUAAUUUGUAUUCGGUAUAAGUAUUCUGUGGAUAAAAUUGUUAGGCUAAACAGAAAUGCUUGACAAUUUAACAGGAGUUUCAUUAUAAUUUGAAGUUAAUGGUGAACAAGAACAAGUUGAGUUUAAUGUAGUAUUAUUUUUUUUUCUAUAAGAAUUGUAGUAUAGAAUUUUGACGAAAAUCAUAAAUACUAUUAUUGUUUUUUAAAACAUGUUUAAAUAAACUUCACUCAGAAUCGUUUUUCGUUAGCAAUGAUUAAUUGUGGCAUACAUAUAUAGAUUAAUAUUCUUUAUAUCCUACCUCCCCAACUUCUCACCUACAACAGUAGCCCACCCGUCUUGCGAAGUACAUCCGUCUUUUUUUUCUAUGCAAUUACUAUUUACUAAAAAGAUAAUUAUUUUUGAUCUUCGACCACCCUCGAUUAUAUAUUAAAAAUGUUCGUUUAGAAAAUGUAAAAUAUAAUAGAAAUAUUUUCGUGAUAAAUUUAUACAAGUCUCAAUCUAAACGGUAAUCGUGUUUACAUAAACGUUAAUAAUUCUACGACUUAACAUAUAUUUCUGCAUUUUAUCAUUAAGGAUUAUCAUAAUCAUUAACAUUAUAUCAUCAUAUCAUUAACAUUAUAUUGAAUUUAAUUAUUUAUCUUAAAUUGCGUUUUUAACACGAAUUUAACUAAUAUUUUGAUUUACGUUAAGUUGUUACUGGCGAAAUCUUGGCAAAUUCUGAAAUUCCAUCCAGAUUUUUCUAGAUUUUACUAAGCAAUUUUUAAGAUUUUCCUUUCGCUGUAUUUAUAUUUUAAUUUGUCAAAAUAAUUCACCAGUGUCAAUUUGUCGCAUUUAAUAAUAUUUAGUUUUUUUCUUCCGGACUUUGCCAUUUUUUUCCAUUUAAAUCCUCUCCUUAAAUACUAGUUUCCGGUUCCUGUUAUAGCCUAUGGAUAAUAUUCUUAUCGCGAAUAAGACGUUUUUUUUUUCAUCUUGAAACACGAACUUUAUUACGUAUAUUGGGUAUUACAAUUUAAUUUAAAUUUCUGAUGCUAAGCAAAUUUUAUAAUCUCUAAACACUAUAAAAAUAUUAAGUCGCUAGAUCUGUCCAUCUGUGCAAUUAUAGUUCGCACACAGAACAUUGGUAUUUUUGUUAAUUUAUGGGUUACCCCGAUGAUACGGAUGAAAUAAAAUAGAAAAAUAAAUAAGUAGUAAGGGCUAUAAUAGUUGUCGCGAGGAUACUCAACUGGUUACUUAGUUCAUUGGAACUGUAUUUCAUUUGACUUGGGUAAUGUCGGAUGGGACAGUUAGUAAGCCUAGUGUAAUACAUAUGAUUUGGUUUAUGCAAAAAUGUCCUUAACGGUCCUUGACGCCAUUUUCGGCAAAAACAAGUCAACCACAGAUUUUUAAUUUUUUAUUGUUUCAACUAUAAUAUAUAGAAUUAAAAUCAAUUUAUGUUAUUGACACACAAGCUUUUCGUGGACUAAAUUAAAUUUAAGUGAUAAGGACUCUUUUUGCAUAAACCAAAUCAUAAUAUUAUAUUAUGAGAAAAUAUUUAAAUAUCAUAAUAUUAUUAGAAAGGUACUUACAUACGGAUCAGGUUUCUUUUAUACGUAUUAUACGUAUCCACGCGAUAGGCAUACACUAUACACUAUAUAAAAAUAAAAUUGAAAAAUAAUCACAAAAAAAUAAAAUAUCGUGCGAAUAUAUAUUAUUAUAAUUCGUUUUUAUAAUGUGACGGACGUGUGUUGUUUUUCAAAAAAAAUAACGCCAACAACAUUAUUAUACUGUAUAAUAAUAUUAUUAUAGGUAUAAUAUGAACCUCUUCGUGCUAUAAUACAUAUAUUACACUAAUCUUACGCCACAUUUGAUUCGGUAUAGGUACCUAUUCGUUUGUAAUCCCGCGAGGAUGAUAUCCCCGGAUGCAUUAAAAAUAUUUUCUAAAAAAAGUGGUUUAAAGUUUUUCGUAUACGUGCGCGAUAAUAAUUCAAAUAUAAGUGCACAUCUAUUAUUUCGUACGAUUCGCACGAAACGGUUCGUUAUUCUAUACGGUUUUAAUAGUAUUGUGUAGCUAGGUAUAGGAAAUGUUAAAAUAUACUUCAUGCGUAGGCGGGUUUCUAUUAAAUCGUAUAUUUCAUUAGUAUGUCUAUUAAAUUAUUCAUAAUUUCCCGUAUCAUUAAAAUUACAAUAAUUUCCCGAUUGAUUAGUUCUAGUUGAUUUGUAUACCUACCUAUACUCGUUUUCUCUGUGCGCGCGCGGCCGCGGUGACACAGUCGUAUCCGCGGGAACUAUUUGCGAGGAACGGCGGACCAACAAUAUUGAAUAUUACAUAUUACGGAGUUGAUGAUAAUAAUUUCUAUCGAACUUUUUGCGUAUCGCACUGUCAUUAUGAAAACGGACGUUCGUAAUGAUAAUACAAAUAAAAAAAAAUAGUUGUUAUCGACGACAGAGUUUCCUACCCCGACCCCCAAAUUAUACGGCGAUUCGGUAUCGUGUGCCGCGUAAUAUUACAUUUUCACUGCGGCGAAACAGACAUUAUUGGCGUUCCGAUGAAACUGUAACGUUGUUGUUUAACGUCGAUAAUAGUAUUUGUACUCGACGAUUAAAUAUUGUAAAUUAGACGUCCGAACGGUGGCGCAGGUUAUACAAUAACAAUAAUAAUAUGUUAGUUUCACGCGGAAAAAAAAAUGACUUAUCCGCGGAUUAUUAAAAAAAAAAAAAAAAAAAACAGGAAAACAGACUAAUCGCGUUUUAUCAGGGCGCGCAACGCGCAACCGGUAGACGGGGCGCCGAGUCAUAACUCUUUUCCCGUUACUCCCUUUCGGUUUUUUUGUUUUUUGUUUCGGUUUUUUUUUUUUUUUUUUUUUUUUUUUCCCCCGUUAACGAGAAUUCUACGUAAUAGUACCCGCUACUACCUACCUAUACAAUACGGUUAUUGCAUAACUUGUAUUGCAAUUUCAGACAUUUCCUUGUAAUUUCGAACGCGGGUCCGUAUAUUAUAGCGAUUUGUUAUCCAUCCCCGAAAAUCUGCGCGCGCGGAAUUCGCAAAAGAGAUAUUAUUAAUUAUUCCGGAUAUCGUGUAUUAUUAUUUUUGUAACAUUUUCGCAUAGAGAACUGGCAUCCGAGUCCGGUUACUGUAUUACAAUACGAUGCGUAUUCGACCGACACUGGCGCAGUAAUUAAUAAUUGAUCCGGCAAUUAUAACUGUCACGUUAUUUCGUUAAAACGCGCGUAUACAUAAUAAACAACAAUAAUAACACGCGCAUCGGUCCGGGUGACCAUUACGUACGGGAUUUUCUCGUUAUUCCGCGGCACCGCGACGAACUUCCGACGCAACGCUUGUCACGCAGUUUCACAAAGUCGGUUUCGUCCCCCCCCCCGUAUAAUCGAAAAUAUUUAUCGGUAUCUGAAACAUAAUGUAUUGUAUUAUUAUUAUUAUCAUCUGACGUUGGAAAUGCUCGCGAAAACCUACGGGAAUUUUAGAAAUUUAAAGGCAUCUCCGCCGGUACCUAUAUAUAUGUAUUAAACAAUAGAUAUAUUAUGUACAUAAUAUUUUAUUACGAAUAAAAGCGGUAAAAAAAGCUAUCCGUUUUACGACGGCGGGUGGUUUUCUUAGGAGAAAAAAAAACCAACUAUAUUUGGGUCAUAAAAAUGUUCAACAAGUUUAUUCCGGCUAAAUUUUAUAUACAUAAAACUAUUUAGUGUAUAAACUCGUAAUAUUUAUUUAAAGACGACAGUGACUCUAAUGCAAACACAAACUCCUCAAAGAUCUAUCUAGUUUUAGGAAAAUACUACAAAGCUUUAUAACAUAAUAUAUAAUGUGUGUAUACAGUUUAUAAUAUUAUAGUUUUGACAAUCCCGUUUUAGAGAUGUACGGGCAAAACGUAUUAAGCUCCAAUAAGAUAAUAAUUGACAUUUUACAGUCGCUUUAUACGAUGUUUAAUUGAAUCAUACAGUGUUAUGGGUCAGAUGUUUUAUACACUUUUUUCCCAUUUUUAAUUUUUUUUUUUUUUUUUUUAUGUUGUGUUAUUGCUAUAUUAUACACCGAAUGAAAGUAAUUCAACUCAAUUUUCCAGCGCUGUGAAUAUUAAAUUUUUUUCGAUUUUUUUUCAGUCGGUUUGUUUUCGAGGGGUCAUAGAUUUGGAUAACAAUUACAUUUUUAUUUUUAUCCCCUAAACACAAAAAAAAAACUUUAUUUAUUCACAUUAUAAAAUUUUCAAAAUAGUUAUUUUGUAAAAACAAUAUUGUUCUAACAAUUAUAAUGUAUCACAUAAUCAUAUCCGAUUAACAGUUUCUGGAUUAUAGCCGUUUUAAUUUCUAGAAAAUAAGCGUGACACCAAUUAGAAGGUAAAGAACUACCAUGCUGAUUGUAAUUCCUUAUCGCAUAACGUGAUGAAGAGAAUUAUUUGUUUUCACGCCUAAUUAAAUCGACCAUAACAAAGAAAUUAUUUAUCGGAUAUGAAUGUGUGACACAUUAAAAUUGUUUGAAUAUGUUUUACAAAAUGGCUAUUUUCUAAAGUGGACGAAUAAGGUUUUUUUGUAUUUUUAGAAUGAAAAUGAAAAUUUAAUUUUUCUUCAAAUCGAUGUCCCCCUUCGUAGAAAAACCGAUUGAAAAAAAAAAUUGAAUAUUAACCGCACAAGAAAAAUCCGUCGAACACGGUGGGACACACUGUAUAUAUAUAUAUAUGUUAUAAUAACCUAUUAUUUAUUGAUUUACUGAUAACUAUAUCCAAAUUAUAUUGAACGUGUAGUAAUAUUAUAUAUUUUGUAAUAUUAAUGUGGCAUUGUAUAUCGAAUCCUCAGAUUCCUUUAAUGGAAAGCAAAAUGAAAUGGGACAGGCCUAAGAAGAAGAAGCAGAAGCAUUACCCGCCGACUAUUGAAAUCGAAAUGACUGAUAUAAAAAGUAGUGGCAAUGAUAUCGAAGAGGAACCGCGCUCGCCGAUGUGGUAUGGCAAACAAAAUGGUGAUUCGUCAUCGUCAAGCCGCGGAGUCAAUAAGGAACCGAAUAUUUAUUCCGGGAGCAACUUCCUACAGGUUUGCGUCGUUUUUGUAUAAUAAAGGGAUUGGAUACUAAUAUUUCAUUUCGUUUUCUACCGCAUACGCGUCAUAACAAUUCAGAUCAAUUUUCUAGCAACCUUUUCGAUCGACGUAUAGUGAAGCGAUACGGAUUCUGAAAAUAGAUUCGAAUUAUGCGUAAAGUGUACACAAAAUCUUUCACUCGUUUGGAUUUUAAUUAUAAAUUAUACCUCUAGUUUGAUUUAAAUUUUUUAAAAUGUAUUAAAAAAAAAAACUAAAAUUAAAUUGAAAAAAUUAGCUACAUCGAUAUCAUGUAUACAUAAUAUUGUACGUUGUACAUUUCACGAUGAUUUCAAAUUCGUUUCUUGAACUCUUAUCCCUUUACAACAUCAAUCGGACCGUUUGUGUUGGACGAAGAACGAAAAUAUUGGUAUUCAAUCCCCUUAAAACGAUCUGAUGAAAAUGAAAAAUCUAUUCUCUAUAUUAUAUUAGAUACUUUUGCAUUUUGUCCGAUUAGAAAAAGACGAGUACAAUAUAGUAUUCUUCUUUUUUUUUUUUAAUAAUUUUGCCGAAAAUCUUAAAUAUUACGGCUUAUUAAAACGUAUAUAACUUCACUCAGAAUUGUUUUUCGUCGACAAUAAUUAAUUGUUGUGUACAGGUACACAUUAAAUUUCUCUCUAUAUCCUAUCUUCUCAACUUCUCACCUAUUACAGUAGCCCACCCAUUUUGCGAAGUAUGCCCGACUUUUUAAUUUAUAAUUUAUACAAUUUACACAAUAAUUAUAAAAUAUAUUGUUUAUUUAACUUCUAAUAAAGUUAGAUAUUUAAACAAAUCGCGUGUAUAAUUUGAUUCUUGCUGGGACUCAGUUUACUUAAUAUUCUUUUUUCCGGGACUCAAUUAAUCGAUAAAAGAUUAUUCGGGAUCCAAUUAACAAAUUUAAUUUUACACAGGUGGAACCUGUGCAAAGAGCGACCAGAAACAACUCGUCUAAGAUUGAUAUGCGUGACAUGCCAUCUACAUCAAGAGAUCCUUAUCAGUACGUCGGAAUACACCAGAAUUCCAACUCAAGAGCCGGUCGUUCUCAAGACAGCGUUUCGAUUGAGAUCAGUAACGAAGUAAGUAUAUACUUACCUACCUAUUUAAAAAUACGAUUAUAUAAUUAAAAGUCCGCAAUAUUUAGUAUUUUCACAAAAAUUCGAUCUUAAAACCAUUAUAAAAAAAAAAUGCUACGCCCCACACAACUCUUUUUUUAGUCAUUAAGUAUAACUUAUAUCUGAUAAUGAACUUCCUGUUAAACUGUCAAGCAUUUUUGUUUGGUUAAACAAUUAAAUUCUUAUAUAGUAUCUAUCAAAUAAAAACUAACAAACAUAAAAUGAUUUUAAUCAGGUGAGUCCUAUUGGGACCAAAAAGAAGUCGUCUAAGAUUAGUACACGUGAUAUUGCUGGACCAUCUACAUCGAAAGAACAUAGUUCCAUUUAUCUGCACCCUAAUCGCGCAGUAUACACAAAUUCCAACUCAAUAGUCAAUAGUCGUUCUCAAGAUGGCAUUUCAAUUGAGGUAAGUAUAAGUGUAAGUCACACAUAUAUCCAUUCAAAUAUAUUUUCAGUAUCAAUUAUCGUUAGUAACAUAGAUCACCGAGAACACCUUCGUUGUUGUUUUAUGUUUCCAUAUAUUAUGUUAAUUUCUAGGGAUUAACAUAUAUAAAUCUAGGAUGUGUGCUCUUACUUUCUAUAAACAACUUUUCUAUACAUUAAUAUCUAAUCAUAAACUUUAGGAGUGGAUAGACAAUUUUUCUGUUAGAAAAUUAUAUAUAGUUGGUAUAUUGAGAUUGAGGUGGUCAUUUUUUGAUUUUCCUUGUGAUUUUUUUUAAUUGAGAAAAAAACAUAGGCAAAAUGGUACAAUUUUCACAAUAAUGAUAUUAGUUAUUUUAUAUUUUGGAUAACAAAUAAAAACUAUAUAAAAACCUCGCAAACAUAAAAUGUUUGUAAAUAGCUCAACAAUUAGGAAAGAAGUUCUUGUAUUUUUUCCGGUUUUGCUCAAUUAUUAAGAAAAACUACAAGGGAAAUGAAAAAAAUGACAUAUCUACUUAUCAAAAAAAUUAAAAAUCCAACAAAAAUCUUUUGUCGUUUUUCUGUUGAAGAAAUAUUUGUUAGUUUUAAAGAUUUUCGUUAAAGUUAAAGGGUUACAUAUUAUUAUAAAUCUAUUAAAUGUACCGCAUAUAUUUUAUUAUAAUUAUAUUUUAAUAAAUCUGUUCCCUAUAUUAUUAUAUUAGAUACUUUUAUUUAUUGCAUGCAUGCAUACCACUAUAUUAUAUUAUGUCAAUUUGUAAUUUUAUUCAAAUUUAUGUGUGUUAAUAUUAUUUAGGCAAGUCCUGCGAAAAAGGUUACCAAUAAAUGCAAUUCACUAAAACAAAAGGAGGCGAACGACUUGCUGAGCAUAACGGACGCGUUUGGUGACGUUUACGUACAUCCCAAACAGGAGUUGGAAAGUUGUUACCAAUUGAGAUUAAGCCGUUCUCGAGAUGACAAUUCUUCUAAGGUAUUUAUACAAAAAUAUAUGUUGGGUAUUAAUUAGCAUUAGUUUUAAAAAUCACCAUGAUCUCCACUCUCCUAUUAACGUUAGGUCUUCGUGAGUCUAGAAACGUAAAAAUAUAUUUUUCUCUUUUCUAUUUUUAAGAGAAUUUUCAUUUUCUUGGCUUCGGUUUGAUCUUCUAUACAUUCCUAAAAUAAAUAGACGAUUCCUUACUAUGUACCUGUCCAUCAAUAUGUGAAGUAUAAUAAUUAUCCAAUAUAUAUCUCGAUGAUAAAUGUUCUAAAAUGAUUAUAAGUACGCAGGUAUUCGGUGUAUUACCAAUGUUCGUUUAGUUUGUUCGUUGUACGUUUGUAUAAAAUAUUUAAGUAUUAUCAUCAUCAUCAUUACAAUGAUUGUCCAUGAUGACACAAAUCUGAAAUAAAUAAAUACCGAUCAGGCAAGUCGCAUGUGUGAGAUAUAUAAUAUAUACUGAACGUAGUCCGUGUAGUGUAUAUGUGUAAUAUAAUAGUUAUUGAAAGAUAAUAAAUGAUAAAAAUGAAAUAUUAUAGAAGACCUAAAACUACUACCGCGCGAUUUCGCUGUAAUAUUUUGCUUUGGUUAGUUUAGGUCAACGAUAUUUUAUUUCGUCCCGUUACCGCGGACAUUUCUCUACCGCUGCCGCUUUAGUCUGUGAACACCUUAAGUAUAACGUUUUACACGUGUGAAAAUAUUUUGUAAAUCCUGUUUCCGUGUUGAGUGUCCUGAAAGUUUGAUUAGGUUUAAUUAGUUCUCGGGAACGCCCCUCAAUUUUCAAAAAAUAAAGUCCCCAUUGUAGUAUUUUCCCACUUUAACCACUAGCGUAAAAAAAUUAUAUUUUAUAGUUUACUAUAUUACGCGAUAGGGCGAUCACAAUCGUAAUAAAACUUUCAACUUAUAAAUAUUUAAAAAAUAAAUGGGUUUUCAUUUUAUUUUGUUUUUUUCAUAUUUUUUUUUUCUAAGUAUAAAAAUCAGUAAAACACGGUGAGUCAUCCAGGAUACAUUGUAUAUGAGUGGCACAAUUACCGCAUUAAAUAAUAAAAGAAUCGUUUAAAAUAAUGGUUCAAUUACCGUUUAACUUUAUGGAAAAAAAUGCAUUGUGGUUUAUUUCCCGAGCGUCCAUUGAGAUUUAUUGUUGGUUUUUAAAUUGUUGAGAAGAAUUCAAUACAUAAUUUAUAUUAUACAUACAGCUUACUUAAAUUUUAUAAUGUUUCACCUCUUAGGAUAUUAAUUAUAACGAACCGCUGACUUAUUUAUGCGUAUUUCAUACUCGAGAUAAGAGUUCACAUAGUUCAACACGGGAUGAUAUGGAAAAACAAAUGUGUUAUUCAAUUUUUAGAUUUAACAAUUUGAAAUUGUACAGAUUUUGGUUAAAAUUUAAUUUAAUUUAAUUUAAUUAAGGGCAGAGCCAUUAUAAACAUAUUAAAUAUAAAUAUAUUAUAAUCAUAUCUUAAUACAACAUUAUUAGCUAUAAUAUUAUCUAUUAUACACAUUUAGUUUUUUGAUUAACAUAAAAUUACAUAUUUACAUUAUUUUAUGCAGUCAUUCAAUUCAUAAUGUUAUCUUAGUUUAAAUGCAUGUUGUGUAUUUGUGUUAUUUUAUUCAGGUACACUCUGAGCAAAAGGCGAUCAAAAAUAAUUCGUCUACAAAUGAUAUGCGCAAGAUGCCGAGACCAUUGACAUCGGGAGAUUUUGGUGAUGUUUAUAUACAUCCUGAAUUCGAAAAAUACUUAAAGGAACAAUCAAAACUAAGGCGUUCUGUAGACGACAAUUCCAUUGAAGUAAGUAUACUACGAGUAUUUACGAAAAUAUAUGUUUAGUAUAAAUUAUCAUUAGUAUCACAAAUAAACGUGAACACCGUUCUCCCAUUAACCGUAAAACGUAAAAUAUCUAGGGAAAUCAUUUUAUCGUGUAUUUUUUUCGGCUUCGAUUUGGUAUUGCUGAGCACCCAUAAAAAAAAAAAAAAAAAACUUUCAUUAUAAACGAUUCUACACUCUGCACCCGUCCAUCAAUAUGCGUAAGACACAAUAAUUAUUAUAAUUUAAUAAUAUCACUUUCUGCAGUGUCCAUCAAUAAACAAUACCUACGCGAAAAUAUUGAAUAAACUCAUAAAUUAUUACACAAAUAAACGCACUCGUUUUUGGCAUUUACACUAUAUAAUAAUAUGUAGGUAGGUGCACACCUAAUGAAUUUUAUAUUGUCUUUCGAAAUUUAACACCUCUUGAUUUUUAAACCAUUAGUGUUGAUAAGUGGGUAGGUAUUAUUAUAUUAAAAUUUUAUAUGAAUUCUAAUCGUGUCCAUCAUGCCUGCCGACAUUUAAUUUGUUUUACAUACAUAUCCAUAAUAAUAUUAUGUACGCGUUUGUACCGUUGUAAAGUAAACGCAAGGGUAAACACAAUGAUCCACCCUGAUAAAUAAAUGUACCUAUAAAUAAAUAAAUAUAUUUGCUAAACGAGAACUACUUUCAUUUAAAUUGAAGUAAAUGUUUUAUUUUGCUAUAUAAAGGUAGACGCGUGUUUUAUACGUAUUUCUAGAACUGGAUAGCAAAUUAAUAUGUUAAAGUUUACUGUUAUCGAUAACGAAUAAACUCUAAUAUCGUAAUGGUAUGUCUCAUAAUUCGCACUAAUAUUUAAUUAUAUUUGAUCGAAUUUAUUAUUACUUAAACUUUUGAAUCCAAAAUGAUAACGAAUAAUUAUUAUAUUGUCAAUAUCUAUACAAGUUUGCAUAUUAGGUAUUAUUAUUGCCGAUCGACCAACGCACUAUGACUGUUGAUUUAAUAUUACUUGAGGAGGAGGGGGGAUAAUGAAUGCAAACUUUUGCCGCUUUCAUUUUCUUAUUUUUGUAUUUUUAGAGGAAAUUCAAUACAAUGCAAUGUAUAGUUUACACAAACUUCACAAUAUUUUAGCUCUUGAAUAUUAAUUAGCAAACCGCUGAAUUAUGUAUGCGUAUACAUUUACAACUCAAAAUAAGGUUUACUGUUAGAUCUUCACGGAAAAAAAAAACUAUAUUUAUUAAUUUCCAAUCAUUAAGUUUUAAAUUUCGAAAUUUUUGAGAUUUCGAUCGAAAUUUAACAGUAAAAAUAUUAUUUAAAUUUCGAAUGAACCUAAUAAUAUAUUCUAUUUACGUUUUAAUAUAUUAGUGUAUUAGGUAUAAAACGAAAUAUUUUAUUUCACUUUAGUAAUGUUAUUUUUUUAUUGAGAUCGGUACCUAUAUUAAUAAAUAUAUAUGAGUAUACAUAUAUUUUAAUAGCAACAUAAAUUUCGUGCGCUUAUUCGAAAAUGUAUCUAAAAUUAUCAGCGUCGUAUCUGAUCGGUAUUUAAUAUAAUACUUUAACAUAGGUAGUUCAUAUUAUAUGAUACCAAAGCUGGGCAAUAACUAGUUAAAAAGUUAAAAUUUAAGUUGUUAUAAUUUUUUUUGAUAACUUGAAACUAAAUCAUUUAAAAAAUACAAGAACGCUAGAAAAUAACUUAGUUAUUUUUUUAAUUAGUAAUUUUAAUUUCAUUUAGUUAUAUUAUUAAAAUUAAAAUUAUUUAUACAUGUAUUAUAAACACUUUUACGUCAGUAUUAUUAUCAAAUGAUAAGUACAAUCAGUUCUGUGGACGAGCUAAUUUACAUAUUAUUAUAAUCUCUAAACGAAAUAAGAGAAGAGAUGAGCUGUUUUUUUUUACUCCGCUUAAUUUAAUUUUUAUUUAACUUUUUUAAUCGUAUUUACACGGUUUUUUUUAUUAUUUGCUAAGCGCAUUGACAUCAGUCUAACCUACUUGUAAAACGUAUAACACGAAAUCGUAUUACACUCAAACAUACAUUUGCAAAUACAUACAUAAUAUACACUGACUAUAUAUUUAUAUAAAAAUGUAUAAUAAAAUAAUUUAAUAUAUAUGUAUAUUAAACGUUCAUAUUGAAUAUGUAUAUAUUAAUAUUAAUAAUGUAGUCACUAUAUAUUUUUCUUACAUGAUAUGCUCUAUCACUGCAUUUAGUUUAUUUUGCAAAGUUUUUCUUUCCACAGUAUUUUUUAGAUAAAAAGCAAUGUUAAUAAAAUAGUUCAACAUUUUAGAUAGGGCAAAAUGUUAUCAUCGGAGCUUAUAGCUUAUAGCACUUACAACCAAGAAAAAAGUGUUUGAAAAAGUACUUAAAACAACUUUGUUGUAAUACAAACACAAAAUCUAUAAAAAAAAAAAAAACAGAAAAAACUAUUAAAAAAUAUUGAAUUAAGCAAAAAUAUAUUUUAAAUGAUAAGUUCAAUUUUUAUGUCGAAAAAAUAAGUAAAUGUUAUAAGUCCUGAAUCCUAAUUAUAAUAAUAAUUGUUUAUGGUUAUAGUAAUAAAUUUAUAAUAACAGAAGUUAUUAUAAAUCCAAAACUCAAGGGACUGAUGUCCCUAGGUUUUCGGUUUUUCAUUCUCUCGUGGGUCAUCGUUUAAAAACUCGUUUCACCCAUGUUAAAAAAAAAAAAAAAAAGGUUAGCAUGCCCCAAGUGAAUAUAUAAUCUAUUAUAAGGAAAAAGCGGUUCUUUAUAAAAUAUUUGUAAUGUAUAAAUAGUAUAGGAUUUGGAAUUUAAUAAUAAAUUUGAAAUUAUUGUACAAACGAUGGGCCGCUUUAAAUGAAAAAUAAAUACAAAUUCUCUUUACAAUAAUGUUAUGUUAACUCAAAUGCGAACGUUAUGUUAUUUUGUAAUGUCUAAUUUACGCAAUGAUAAUUUAUUUAUUUUUGAAUUCUUUGUAAAUUAUUCAGCUUCUUAAUAUUUUCGAGUAAAUUGUGAUGUAACUCGAGACAAGCUUUUAAUGCCUUAUUUUUACAAAAAUAAAAGUAAAAUGAGUAAAUAUUCUAUCAUCAUAAUUUAAGCAUUCUCUAGACUAAAUACUGUAAGUCCAUGAAGAUUGAAUUUUUUGUCAAUCGAUAUUCCUCAAUCGCGAUCCUCAAAAAAAAAAAAAAAUUUGCUUAAACUUAUAUAAUUUGUUGAUGAAUUUCGUUACGUGUUCGAUUUAUUUCUUGGAGGGUAGAGGGUAGAGAGGAGGAAUAUUGUUUCAUGGAUAAAUAAGUUUCCAGUGGUAUUUCUCAUUGGGCUGAUAAUAUUUAUAGACAGUGACAUGUAACUAGGGACUGGAACCUUGGUAAAUAUUGCGGUCCGACUCCUAGUCAAAAAAAUAAGUGGUCCUGGUUUUAAUGCUGGUUCUCAAAAAACUAAACAUUCGGUUUCAAUUUAUUUUUGUUUCUUAAAAUAUGAAAAUUUUGUUUCCUGUUUUGGUUUUAUACUUAUGUGAGAAAUUUUACUUACGUUUCGUUGGCGUCAAUUAGGGUCAAUACCAAAAAAUUUCUACUAAGUGCUGUACGAAUGGUACCGUCAGAUAAUGAUAGUAUCAUAUACAUAAUCAUAACAUACCUAGUUCUUUAUAAAUAUUAACCCUAUUUUCAGAAUUGCUUCUUAUUGCGGUAACUAGAAUAGAGUGACGUCUUGUUUUAUGCAGGACUGUCUUUUUUUCAGCUUUGUGUCCUGUUGUCCUGACGAAAUUUUUUCAGGAAUCUUUUUGCCUUGUUUUUUUUUUAUGUUAAUUCCAAUUAUACCGUAUUAAUUCUUAUUUUAUUUAAUCAAAUAUGAAUAUUUUAUAGUUUUAAAAUAUGUUUAAAAUUUUAUUUAUUUUUUUAAUAAAACUAAUUUGUUGAUAAAUAUAUUCGUUAUAGUUUAGGACAAUGAUUUCGAUUAUGUAUUCAUAAAAAAUAAUAAUCACAAGAAAAAUACCGGUGAUAAUACAUCUAAAAUACGCGGGUGUAUUUAAAAUAGUUAAAAAUAUAGGCAUAAUUAUGAAAAAUUAACAAACAAAAAUAAAAAAUUAUAAUAAUUAAUAAAUAUUACUGAAAUUAUUUUGUUCUGUUUUUCUAUUUUUUUGAAUAUGGCCACCCUCAACUAGAGACCUAAAGGUAUAUAAUAUGCAGUAAAUAUUGAUUUUAUUUUAUUUGAGAAUUCCUAUUAAAUUAUCAGUUAUUACGUACAAACAUUAAAUGAUUAUUUUUGAAUAUUUUUAAUCCCCUUAAUAAUAAUAAUAAUAGAUUUACUUAUUUGUUUAGUUCUUAUUACCUAUCAUUUAUGACAGGUAUGGCAGAUAUAAAUAAAAUUAAUGGAAUUAUAACAAAACCGAAAUUAGUCGUAAAAAACCUUUACAAAAAAUUAUGUGUUGCGGUUAAGUUCCGGUUUUAAAAUAACUAUAAAUAAGGGUUCCGGUGAGAUUCUGGUUUUUAAAUAAAUUUAAAUAAGUGUUCCGGCAAGGUUCCGGUUUUAAAAUUAAUUUGAAUAAGGGCUUGGGUGAGGUUCCGGUUUCAAAACCGGUUCUUUUCGGUACGGUUCCAGUCCCUGCGUGUAACAUUGUGACAUUAAAUCUAAUACGACUGAUGUAAAGGAUAGAAGGUUUAUUUAUCACAUGUGAAAUAGAUUGAUACAAAGAUUGAGUUUUAGACAUAUUUGUAUCAAAGUACUAAAUUGCUAAAAUUCUUUUUUUUAAAAUUUGUAAACAAUUAUUAUAUAAACGAUAGGUGGGUGUACGCUAAAUCGUACAUAAAACAGGAACUAAUUGUCUACUAUAAUGUUAUUAUCAAAUUACACCGUACGCGAUUAAUUCGCUUAUAUUUAAAAUUAAAAUGUAUUGUUUAACUUCUAAUCAAAUAUUUGUUUCCCGCGUGUAUCGUUGUAUUAUUAUUGUAUACCGUGCCGCUAGUGUGGUUUUGUGCACAGUUAUUAUAAUAUAUAGUAGAUACGGUAGGUAUAUAUAAUGAAAGAGUUGCGGCUUUUUAAAUAUUUAGCAAUAUGACCUAGUUCCUUAAAAUGGCGUAUGUAUAUUGCAUCUACUUCGCUCGCCUAUAGUUGUAGGUACGCGUCCACUAUCUUAAAUACAAAAUUUAAAAAAUUAAAACAUGCAACGAGAACCCAUAAUUCUUAUAUAAUAAGUUGGUUUAAUAAAAUAGAAUGUUAAACUGUAAACACAUCAUAGAAACUGUUGCUGAUGAAUUGAUAUUAUUUAUUAAAUAUACUUAUGAUCUGUGGUUAUGGUGGUGAGGAAGUGGUGAGUGGCGGAGUUCCCCUUCUUGUUUAAGGUAAAUUUAUUCUCCGUCCUUUUUAAUUUUAAGUCUUCGAAAUGCGGGGCGAACGAUUUAGCAAUUGUCACUGAGCUAUUUUUAAUGAAAUUUUAAAAACGAGUUAGAUUAAUAUUCAAAAUAAAUUUGUCAAUAACUUUUUGAUUAUACAUUUGUUUUACUUUAUUUGUACCGAUCAGGCAUAUAGUAUGUAGAAUAAUAUUUUUAGCGUUUGUUUUUUUUUUUGGAGGGGAGGGCCUUUUACUAUUAUAUUUUAUUAGCAUAAAAUUUGUAUAAAAAAACUUCUUGGGGAAAAAAAACAUUUUGAAAUCUUUUUCCUGUGAAGGAUUUCUUGACAAUUUAGUUGGGUUAAGAUAGUUCUCGGGAUCGAACGUCGUUUUUUUGGUAAACAUAGUCCCCCUUCGAAGUUUUCUCACACUGACUUUAUUAAACUGUAAUGCGUUGUCCGCACUGGUCUUUAAAUAUUCGUAAAACCACAUUUUUAAAAUGUAUUGUAAAAUAAUGUUUCUGGUUUUUAUCAAUUCAGUUUGUAAAUUCUUUUUUUGCGCGGGCACGAAAAUUUAAAGUUAAAAGUUGAAUCCCACUAGUUCGGGAAUUUAUUUUAACUCCAAAUAAACGAGUUUAUCUCUGGGUAAAUAUUUGGUGCGACCCGGCAUUAUAAUUUUAUCAUAACUGUAUAAAAUAAAUCAUACUCUAUUAUAUAUAAUUUAUUUAGAAAAUAAGAAGAUAAAAUAUCAUAAUAUUAUAACAUCUCUGAUUAUAUGUAUAAAUAAUCAAUCUGUGUUCCUCGACCACCUAGAUUAUCAAUAACCCGAUUGAUUUGGAUAACUCAAAUUCGAUUAAUCUGAUUAUUAAUUAGACAGUGUGCUAGACGAUGGAAAUGUAUUUUCAUAAUUAUUUGGUAUUAUCACCAUUAAGCCAUAGGUACCAUUAUUUUUUCCGUUUUACAUUAAUUGCUCACGUUCAUUGUUUCGUGUUUAUUUACUUAAUUUGUUUCAAUAAUAAUAAAAACAGACCUUUUUUCAAUUUAUUUUUGUUAUUGUUGUUCCUUAUGUAUAAUUGUAAUAAAUUAAACACAACGUUACAUGACAAAUCACUCAUAUUGAAUUUAAUUACAUUAAUAUAAUACAUUCAAUAUUUAUAUUAUUAUCAAAUAAUUAUUUUGAUAUUCUAAAAUUACGUAAUAGAUUAUUGUGCGUUGUAAUAUAAAUCGAUGUUCCAUGACUUUCAAUUUGAUGUGCAAUCGGGUGUUAGAUCGAUAAUCGAGGUAACAUGAAUAUAAUAAUAUGUUUAAUAUAACAGAUACCUUAUAAUACACGACUGUUUAAAAUAUUAUGUAACAUCUGGAGCUAAACGAAUUUUAUUUUGAAUAAUUCAUUAAGGUUUAAACAAAAGGGAAAUUAAACAUAAUUAUAUUACACCAAAUAAUAGCAAGACAGGUGUAUGUUAUCGAUUUAAACCAAAAUACUACAAAUAAAAGUAUGAUUGAUCAAUAUUAUGUUAUAAAUUGUAUUAAUAAUUAAGGAGUAAUAAUAUUAUUGAUAUUUGUCGGUAUAUAUUAUUAAUAUAAUUAUAAAGUUAACUUUGAGUUUAUUAAUCAGUUUCAAUAACCGUUCAAUUGUAGUACUUUUUAGUUUGUUUAAUUUUAAUACCUACCUAUUAGCUACCUAUUCGAAAUAACAAGAUUUUCGUAAAUUUAAAGGAUAAGUAUAAUAAUAAAUCACAAUUGAUAACAAAUUAAAGAAAAAAACCUGUCCAUAUAGCGACCCAAUUAUAAAUGUUGUAACCAUUUAAAAAAAAUGACUUUUUUUGGAAUCCGACAAAUUUUGUUCAAAAACUAUUUAUAAAAAUGAAAACGAAAACUUAAAAAACCGGUUUCACAACCCAAAAUUAAAACCGUUAAAACAGUUUAGAGCUGUAUAUUUUGUCGAAAUUGCCUAAUAAUAUCACUCUCAAUAUCUCUUCCAUAAACUUGAUAGAGAUAGAGAAAAUCAUAAAAUCGUAUUUGAAUAUUUUGUUUUAUGUAACCUUAUUAUUAUAAUGAUUUAAUAUUAAAAUGAGAAAUCGGAGAAAAUGACAAACAUCAUACCCUUCAAAGUUCUUACACAAAAGGGUACCUAUACAUUCGAUUCGAAAAGUAACAAUAAUGUAAAAAGUAACAAUGAAAAUGGCGUGACCUUUCUCCGAUAAUUUUGUAAUUGAAUAUAAAUCGUAUUGACUUUAUAAAAAAAAAAAAAUCCUUUAACUGUUUAUUGUUGUCUUUGCUGAUAUUUUUUUGUUACAAAUAUGUUUUUUUUUUUGUUGCGUAUAUCGUGUUAUUUUGUAUAAUUUACAACAGGUACUUAAUACCAAUUUUACAGUAUAAUAAAACGUGAAAGUAAUGUGUGCAACAAAGCGGUUUAAAUUUUUAUUUUUUUUUUAACCUUAUAAAAGGAAGACUGAAAACACGAGACUUUAUCAGAUAGUUUUCAACAAUAAUAUUUUAAUGAUAUGUAGGAAUAAUACAAUUAAAUUAGGUACCUAAUAUCGCGGUGAAAAUGAAGAAUGAAAAAAACAAACGUUCAGUGUAGGUUUCGAAAGACUUUUUAAAACCUUUUUAAAAACGAGACACGACGUCAUAAUAUAUGAAAAUAAAAAUAAUAAUAAAUAAAACUUCAAAAAAUGUCCUUGAGACGACGGGACAUUGUAAAUAUUUUUCUUUUUUAUUUCUUUUUAAUUGGGUUUAAAACCUACCAAAUGCUUAUUGAAGAGGAAAAUAACGAAAAACUUUCGGUUCGGUAUUGACGGGUAUUAUUGUGUCGUGAAACAAAAUUCAGUAAACUUUUUAAAGAGAAACUCGCCUUCCAAAAAUCAACAAAACCAAAGUUAAACUCAAUCGUAGCUAUAAGUGAAAAUAUUAUUAUCAUUGUUGUGACGUCGAUGGUAAAGAUUUAUAAAGGUACGUAGGUACUAUUAGAAUUAAUCGGUAAUGAAUAAAAGGUCGACAAAGCUCACGGCAGGUGUUUUAUAACAAUAGUUAAUUAUCAUCGUAUUGCCUUUAAUAAAAGUAACCGGUCUAACAAAAAUCUUGGAUUUAUAAAAAUAAAACAAACCUUUCAAUACGAGUGACUAAUCAAUUUUAGAUGUUAAGUGGAGUGAGAAAAAUAUUGGUUUUACAAUAAUGUUUAUUAUUUUGUUUUUAUUUUUUUUUCCUGUGAACAACUUUUCUUCUAGUAAUGUUGCUCGAAAAUUUUGAUUAGCACAUUUUCUGAAGGGAAAUUUGACUGUUGAGGUAUUUUAAGGAGGUCAUUUUUGAAUUUCCUAAGAGUUUUCUCAAUAAAGGAGAAAAACCGAGAAAAAACAUGAAAAAAUCGGAGAAAACAGGAAAGAACGGGAAAAUAGGUACAUUAUUAAACAAAUAUUAUUUAAGACAAUAUUUAAUGCACAUGUAAUUUGUUUUACCAUAAUAUGUCAUAUAUAUAUAUAUUAUAUUGUUGACAAAGCAUCACUAUCAACCGAACUCCGUUUAGAAUCGUUUAUUCGUUAGCAAUGGUUAAACGUUGAUUAUUCAUAUAUAUAUAUAUAUAUUAAAUUACCUAUAACAGUGGCUGCAUCUAUCUCCAUUAUCCUAGGGUAGCUUUUUGAGUUUUAGAUUCUGAGUGCAGUGAGAAAUGUUUUGUUUUACUGAUGAACGUGUGCUUUUUUUGUUAUCAAUUUUUCUCCGUUUUUAAACAACUCUUCUAUCGGAAAUCUUGCCCCAGUCAAAAAUGAAUUAAUGACUAUAGGAUUAAAUGGUUAGAAGUGUCAGAUGUUUUAUGUGUCAAUAUAGGACUCCAACAAGAUCUAUAGUUAAGUUCUACUGCAAAAGUGUGAUGAGAUUGGAUAUGUUGUAUGAGUCAGAGUGUUGAAUAGUAGACAAACAAAUAGCACAUAGAAUAAGUUUAUCAGAGAUGAUAAUGCUCAAGUGGAUAGAUCGAAUGAUGGAAGAAGAUAGGAUAAUGAAUGAGUUGGUUUGGGUAUGUGAUGAGCAGAGACAAAUCAGACGAAAAGGGAGGAGAGAAAAACCAAAAUUAGGUAAUUGAAUGCUAUGAGGAUGACAAGCGUAUGUGAGAAGGACGUGGGGUAUUCCAGUGGAAGUUUAGGACAAGAGUGGCCGACUUCAAAUAGUUAGGAUGAAAGUGAAGGAGAAGAAGAAGAAUAAUUACGAAAGCUUUGCGCUAAGAUUCUUUUAUAUUUGUUAAAAACAUUUUUUUGGCCUAAAAUAAAAAAAAUGUUCACAAAAUCUGAGAUGGCCAUUUUGUAAAUUUAUUUUGAAACAGAAUGUUGGUAAUAUAAAUAUUUACUAAUGAUUAGAGUUGUUAAUUACUAUGAAUUUUUAAAAUUUACCAUAAUUUGUAUUCAAUGAUUAAUAAAUAAUAAAUGCAUAACUAUACUUAAUAUAUCAUAUUAUUGUAUUACUAAGAGUACUUACCUACUUUUUUGGUAUAAUGUUGGCAAUGAAUACAAUUUAUUAUUUCAAAUGUUUUCAUUAUGAUAAUUAUUAUUGUAAACUUCCAAAAAAAUGCAGACUCGCUACAUAACCAAAGACUCAAUACAGUGUAUGUAAUUAAAAUAAUCUCUGUUUUCGGGAAAAAUUUGACAAAAAACCAAAACGAAAUUAAAACACGUUAGUUUUCAAUUUUUUUUAUAUUAGAAUAUAAAAAAAAUUGCUAAUACUGCUGACACUACUAUUGUAGGUAGAUAAUUGGAAAGGUAGGAUACAUGCAAUUAUUUAAUUUCUAUUUAUAAUUAAUGAUAAACCAUUGUGAACGAUAAACAAUUCAAAGAGAAGUUCGGUUGACCAUGACCGCGUGAUUUCAUACAAAAAUACUAAAACUGUGAUUAAAAUUGAUGGGUGAUGGUAGGAGGGUGAAAAAUACUUUACGACCUAUUCACAUAUCUAAUAAUAUAUACAUAGUUAAUUUUGUUUAUAUUAAUUACCAUAGAUACCAUUGAUACGAUUUGACCGACCUUAUACAUUUUUUUUUCAUUUCAUCCAUGUUACUAGGGUACACACAUUGAAAUGGGAUACCUAGCUAAAUUAACUCUUUACUAUUAUGGCCGUAACCAUUAAAAUUUAAUUUAACUGUAUUUGUCAAUCAAAUUAAUUGAAAUGGAGCAUUAAUCUAAGUAUAGUAUCUUAAAUAUUUGAAGGUAUUGGAAUAAUUUAUUAGAAUUUUAUUUUUUGAGAAUCGAUAUUAUUUAGUUUAAUGUUUUCGAAAAGUUAAAUUUACUAUAAGUAUAGGCUAUUAUCUGAAUUAUUUUGAUAGUUAAAAUAAAUAUAAAUGAACGUUGUUAUCACUAGUUAUGUAGUUGACUGUUAUCAUUUGAAGUUAUUUUUAGUUUUUACGUAUGAGUUAAUAAAUAUUAUAUUAAGUAUUUAUUAUUAGAAAGUAAUAAUAUCAAAUAUGAGAACAUCACUGCGGUCUGUGAUUGCUUGUAAGAGCGUGUGUAUCGUAAUCAUCGACCAAUUACCACCAAUCACAAGCGUGGUUAUGCACUAUAAAGUUUAUAAAAGCUCAUAUAUUAUUACGUUAAAUAUUUCUACACAAUACUUCACUUGACCAUAUCGUGUUAUAAUAAUAUAGCCAAUAUAGGUAUUUAUUUUUAUUAUGCAUUAUAGGGGAGGGUUUCGAGGGUUCAACCCCCCCUCCCCGAAAUGUAUGGUUGGGAAGGCACACGUGUGUAUUUAUGAAUUUAUUAAAUAUAUGUAUUAACUAAAACCCAAAAGCUUUUUUUAUAUUCCCCCCAAAUUAAUUUCUAUAUACGCCACUGAUUUAGACUGGUUUAACCGUUAAAACAAGAAUUAAACUUAACCUAUAGUCAAUCCAUAAAAAUAAAUAAUUCAAUAAUACUUAAAAAUAGAAUUAAAAUACUAAAAUGGCGGUGGGGAUAAUAGGAUGAAAAAUACUUUACGACCUAUUCUCAUACUUACCAAAUAUAUAAAAAAAAAUCAUUCAAAUUGGUCGAGCCGUUUAGUAGCAGCCGUUGUAGUGCGAACACAAACACACCGUGACAUGAGAUUUUUAUAUGUUAAAUAAUUAAAUAGGCUUAAUAUAUUUUCUUUAAUAAUAUUUGUCUAAUAUUGUACCGAUUUUCGUGGUUUUUCCAUGUUUUUCCCGGUUUUUCCAUGUUUUAUACCGGUUUUGACAUUUGCUGGGAAAACUCUUAGGAAAAUUGUCGUGUUCUACCUAUCAUAAUAUUAUCGUAAAAUGUAUUAUUUAUUAAACCGUAUAACGACAGGUACAAGUAUUUUUGGAAGUUAGAAAAUUUCUGUUAUUCAGAUGAUUUGGAAAAUGUUUAAUCAAAAAUCGCCCCCCCUCUCCCGGUGAAAUGUAUUUGAUCGAAAUAUUGAAUAGAUAAAACUAUUUUAUUCCAAAUUUAUAAUAUUUAUACGAAUUAUAAAAAUAAUUCGGAAUUAUAAUAUGCAACGCAAUAUUAUAUGUAACCUGUCGAUUAUUACUAUACUUUUAUCUAGUACGGGAUAGGAUAUUACGAUCAAAAUAUUUAAUUUGUAAUUGAGAUUCCUAAAGCUUUGUGAGCCCUUAUUUUUCCCCGCCGGUUAUAACAUUAGAUUUUGAUUAUUUUUUGUCUGCAGUAAUUUUUCGACAUUUUCAGUUCGAUACACCCUCAUAAACUUAAUGCGAAAAACUAAAAACAAAAUAUUAUCUUUGACAAAAAAUUAAAACCACAAAAUGAAAUUCAUUUUUCAAAUGAUCCAACGUAGAUAAACCUCUUUGCCGUAGUCGCUUUCAACGUCACUAAAUAAUAAAUGAGUCUUCCUUUCCUUUAUCCCGUAUUCUUAAUUUUCCGCCUAAAAAAAACGUAGAGUUACCCGAGGCGUUUUUUUUUUCAUAUAUCCGAUUCUUACAAACACUCGCAAUGUUUAAACUUAUCUUAAUAAUUUUAAUAAUUUUUGAAGCAUAUUUUAUUUACGUAUUGUAUUUAACAUGUUUAAAUAAUGUAUUAUUAGGUAGGUAGGUAUACUAAUGCAUUUUCGUAAAUUCAUAAUCAUGUUUAUUAUAAUUUUAUUGGGUACCUGUACAUAAUAAGGAAAAUAAUAAAAACAAAAAAAAUAUCGUUUAGUAUACCGGAUAGGAUAAAAUAAAAAUAUUAAUACCAGCCGCCAGAUUGUAUGAAAAUCUACGGAACCAAUAACCGGCUAUCGGUACUGUUAAAAUCAAAAAUCGUCCUACAAAUUUAAUAAAUACUAUUAAAUACAAUGAUAAAGAGUUAUCGAAUUGACAAGUAGUUGAAAUGAUUUCAGUUCUGUACAAUUUACAUAGCUUAUUUAAUCCCAAAAUAUUCUAUGGACAAUCUCCGUAUCGAUUAAUUAUAAUUUUGUUAUCACGAAAAAACGUGAUUUAAUUUUCUUAUUACCGAGGCGUUAUUUUGCGUAGUGACAAAAAACUAUUGAACAUAAAUAAAAUAUCAGUUUCAAUUAUUGUUCAGAAAUUGUUGUCACAGUAUAUAUGUAUAUAAAAAAAAUAGUCUUUAUAAAUCCAAUAGGUACAUGUUUGAAAGAAUCUAAAAUUUAAAUUAAAUUAAUAAUUUCAAAUUUUUAUUUUAUUAUAUCUUUGCAAAUUGAUUGUUCCAACUUAGUUUUCCAUGAUUCUAUCUCACUUUUGAGAAAAUAUUUAUUGGAACGAAAAUAUUUUCGGGCGCUUAUAUUGCUAACGGUGGUUAAACCUUAUUAGAUACAUUAAAAUAAUGUCCUACGGAAUUGUAUAGGUAUCUUACAGGCGUACAGAAAAUUACGCGUUGGUAUAGUUCAUCUCUCAAGGAUAACCAACAAUAAUCAUAAAUGUGAACGUUUGUUUGUUAUCAUUUGACACCGAAAUUACAGAAUGGAUUAAGGUGAAAUUCUGUAAUUCUAGAUUAGAAAUAUUGAAGUAUUACACAGUCUUAUACAAGGUUAUUAGUAUUUUAAGUAUGAAAAUCGAAUUAUUUUUAUUGAUUUUUAAGUUACUUUGGUAAUACGGAUGGAAUAAAAAAAAAAAAAAAACUGAUAAGCUGUUAGCUCGCCCAUAGAACAGUAGUUAUUAUAUGAACUGGUUAGAUACACUUAGUUCAUUAUUGGACUGUAUUUAUUUUUACAUGGGAAACUACUGGACACUGGCCCAGUGACGUAUUCCACUUUUUGGCACCUAUAGGCUAAUCAGUAGAGUAAUAGAGAAUAUUUCAUGGGUGGGGAUAUCAAAAUAAAUUUGUGUUGAAAAUCUUUCUUCUAGUUGUUGUAUAAAAAAAUCCAGCUACUGAACAAACUGCAGUGACUACAGUUACAUUUUUAAUACAUUUUUUAACUGGUGUUUAUUUAAUUUUGCAUAAUUUUAGUGUAUUGAAUAAUUUAAAAUUGUAAUACUUACGUCAGGUCCAGGCUUCUUUUUAAAAAAAAAUUCAAUAGAGUACUAUUAGUAGCUGGUAAUUUUCUUAUUUUUUUGCUCCAUUUUUAUUUUGGCUUGUAAAAUUAAAAUCAAUUAUUACUAUGUAGUGUGACUAUUGACUGUGUGACAAUGACACGGCGUGUAGUGUGUAGGUACACGAAGUUGUAAUAAUCAAAUUGUGUAUUCUGUUGGCGUGCGUUCGUAGUAUCACUAUUCGUUCGAUAAAAUGAGUUUUACAUUACUGGAUUAUUUACCAUCUAUUCUCAUAUUUAUAAUCUAUAUGUAUGUAGUAUAUUGUUAUUUUUGUGUGUAGAUAGUAGGUACUGUAAUUAGGAACAAUGUAUGUGUCGUAUACCUAUCUUUCGACGGUACAAAUCUACCUUUUUUUGAGAACUCAAACGACCAUAAAUUAAUCGGUUACAGAUCGGACUCAAAAUGAGGCUACGUAUUGUGGCUACUCAAAAAUAAACGAUAUAACGCACUAGCUAUUGAAAACCACUUUAUUACAAAUAAAAACAAACAUAAAAAAUUGGGUUUCUGGAAAAGAAUACGUAUACGCACACAUGUGUUUCGAUCGAAAACCCGCAUUGCUCCGUUACCGCGGUGUUCGCGUUUUUAAAUAUUAUUUACAAUGUGCUGCCUCUACGCAUUUGCUUCAUUGGCCUAUACAACAUAUGGCAGGGUACCCGGUGUUUAUUAAUAAAUAAGAAUGAAAGCGAAAUGGAUCAUUUAUUUUGAAAUCAUGCUUAUCGUUUACCGAGUAAAUAUUUAUAACUUAUACUAAUACAACUAAACAUUUUAUUUUUUUUUAGUUUCGUAAUACUUACCUAAUUUAUAAGUUUGUAUUUUAAUUACUUGUAGGUAUAAGACAAUAUAUAAAUACAGCUUAUGGGAGAAUCUAUUUCUCAUACCCCCCCCCCCUUUGAAUUACGUCCUUAAGGCUAAUGUUUAGAAUGUACGUUUUAAUUGGAAUGUACCUACCGAGAGGAAACAGUAAAAUAAAGUAAAAUAUAUAUUAUAGGUAUACCUAAAAUAUUGUUCGUUGUAAAAAAAUUACGGUGCUUACGAUUAAACAAAAGUAAAAACUGUACAGAUUUUAUAGUUUAGGCGGGUGUAGGUCGAAUAAGUAAAAAAUGAAAAAAAAAAAUUUAUUUUUAUUAUUAUUUUUUUUAAUAUUAUUAUUUAUGGUAGUUAUUAAAAACCCAAAUGACAAAUAACAUAAUUUGAUUAAAGAAGUGAAAAAUGUAUAUUAUAAUUAAAUGUAUAACAUAAUAACUAAAAGUUUAUUGAAAGUUUAUUUGUUGGUCUUAAAAGAUUGAGUCCGACGACUCUUAUCUGCCUAUCAGUUAAACUAUGUCCGUUUGUUAAGGCAGAUUUAGUUCAAAUUUUACUCACUAGGCGUGACUGGCUAUAAAACUUAUUUGAAGUUAUGUAAUUAUUAAUGAUUUGCCAUCCUUGUCUGUUGUGUUUAUAUUUAUCGUUUUUGUAUUAUGAUGUGUAAUGUUUACAUGAUAAUGUAAUGGUAAUUGAAUUUGUGUUUUGAUAAUAUAUCAUUUUAUUAUUAAUUCAUAACCUAAAACAAGUUUUACUUAAAUCGAUCGUGAGCACGAUCUCAGAAUAUAAGGUCAGGACACUUAAAUAGGACGUUUUUUCCAAAGAAUACCUAAACUAAUGUGCUUUUUUUUUAAUGCAAUCCUUUUCUAUAUUGUAUGUUUGUACAAACUACAUUGUCAUUAUUUUCUUUAUGAUUUUAAAACCUAACUAUAAAGUGCAAAAAGUUGCGCCAACACAGAACAAUAGGAAAACUAUAUUAAAUAGGUAGGUACUAAUACUAUAGUGCCUAUCUAAGUGGCCGCAUUCAUAACCCAGUGUCCCGAUCUUUUUGUCUAAGGCCUCAACCGCGAGUAAAAUUUGAACUAAAACCGCCUCAGCAAGUAGGUGACUGAUAAGAAAUAGUCGUCGGACCUUAUCUUUUAAGACGGUGGAUGUUAUUAUGUAUAUAGGAAUCGGACCACGCGUUUGCGGAGUCGUUCGAGGCAAAUGCGUCUUCUUUGACGAGUUUGCCAGAAGAUACGCCUUCUGUGCACAGCUAUCAUGAUGACUAUCAAUGGGAUAGAAGACGCAGGAGUUCUUCUUGGACUGGCCGCUACUCAGACAAGAUAGAACCGGAGUUUGAAAACCUACGUACGGAUGAGCCCCGGGGCAGCGUAAGCAUGCACAGCUUGUCGGAAUCCUUGGAAAAGCUGACGUUCACGCAGAGCCUGGCGUUCCCGGAGUUAGCCCGCAAGUUGGCCAAUCGUCGCCGGCAGGAAGAACUCCGUGUGGCCCUCAACGAAACAGGCGAGGAAGACUUCGAGACGUGUUCCAAGUUCAUCGCCGUGGCCGGCAUGUUUCUACUAAGUGUCAUGGUUUACGGAGCAGUGCACAGGUUCUCCGGGACCGGGACGGCACAAUAAGGUUUGCUGCCUCAGGGAAACCUGGGGCACUCAGCGGUCAACCAGACCGUAGAUGAUCAAUUCAUCUUCCAACUAAACAACACUGAGAACAUGACCAUGGAAAACAAUUGGUUCAUAAUGAAUGGCAGUCACAACAUGAUGUCCGAUCAAUCAUGGAAAUCACCCGUCAGCAACCGCACGUCAUUUUGGAAUCGGUUGAUGAAAAUUAACCGAACAAUAAGCAAUCAUGGUAGGUGGUUAUUUAGGGGAAACAACCACGAUAAUGACGCGGUCAGCGCCGUUGUCGAUGACGUUGAUAGCGAAGGUGAAAGUGAAGAUGAUGAAGGCGGUAGUGGCCACGGCUCCGACCAUGGCUCCGGCCAUGGCUUUGGUAGCCGUGAUCCCUACGGUCACGACGAUUACGAUUAA